AUCUGACUCUUUUUCCUGUUGGGAGAGAAAAGUUUUGAAACCCCACCCUCUUUACUGACUGUAAGCAUAGACGUAGAAGUGGUUCGAGGUCCUGACGACUGAACGCCGACGGAGGAAGAGGAAUAUGAUCACAAGUUAUGAUGGAGUUAUUGCGCUGUUUGGAUACCAACUAUAACAACGCGACCACCGAGCUGCGCCGGGCCACGCGCUCCACUGCACAGUGGAAGUGACGGAAUUUCAUUUCUCUAAAGUGUUCAAACUUUGUGUUUGGAUAGCUCUUCCUGUAACAAAGUCGUCGGAUCCCUGAGUUUUUUUUCCUUUUUUUUUAAGUUGUGGCGAAGUCCAGCUCGUCGCGUGCUUCUGGUAACAACGUAAGUAUGGAUACUCUCGCGCUAAGGGAUGCGGGAUUUCCUGCGGGAGCGCCGCAUAGUUGCGUGCCGACGCGGUUAUUGGAGAUUUUGGCUCAAUAAUGCAAAGUGGUCAGCCCUGAAAGUUGUCGUAAAACACUGGUUGGCUGGACUGAAUGCUCCUUUUCCUGCUAUUCUUCUCCUCUUCUCAGCGCUUCCUGCUUGUGGUGGCCACUGCACUUAAUGGCUAAAAAUACAUAAAAAACUCCAAAUGGACAGCUCACUGUUGAGGGAACUUUUGCUGCGUUAUAAAUGUUUUACUAAAACAUUUGGACAACUGUAUUUUUGUCCUUUCACUCUUUGCUUUUGAAAGUCAGAUCUCAACAGGUGGCAGUUUUGAAUGAGGGAGGCGAGGAGCUAAUUUCCCCUAAAUGAGGGCAUUCAGGAGCCUCUUAAAUACACACUGAUGAGAUGAUAUUAUGCUCACACCAUGCUUUGGGAAACCACAUCACUUGAAUAGAGAGAGCUUCAGUAAAAAAAAGAGCUGCCAUUCUGUGAAACGCAUAAUCAAACGAAAGCAACCUCUCAUUUGAUCCUGCUGGAGAGAUUUUGCAUUUCAUGUCAAAAUGAAUGAAAGACACUUGCCAUCCAGUCAUUUUUGAAUCUUUUUCUGAAACCCAUUUGUUGGUCCGGCUUUUGAACACAUUUCACAGGUCCCUGAUGAACCAACAAGAAAGACAGGAAAGGGAGCGAGGCGCAAUAAAGUACUCCUUUGUACUUUAUUUUCAAACCCUUGGGGUGCAGAAUCAGAUCCAGUCAAAACAUCUGCUUGAGGCUCCAUGGAGCCGCUGAAGAACAUAUUUAGUCGAGGCCCACUGUCGAACUGGAAAAAUUUGGAACAAUCACAAAAAGGGAACUUCACCAACCCUGUGUGGACUGCCUUAUUUGACUAUGAGGCGUCUUGUAAAGAUGAGCUCACCUUGCGGAAAGGUGACCUGGUGGAAGUCCUGUCUUUGGACUCGGAGAUAUCAGGGGACGAGGGCUGGUGGGCAGGGAAGGUCAACAACAAGGUGGGUAUAUUCCCAUCCAACUAUGGCUCCUUCAAGCCUAACGGAUAUGGCAAACUUCCAGGCAGUGGCGUUGUGGGUGAGCUUAGCCCGGCUGUCGUUAGCGAAUUUGAACCUGAGAUGGUGGAUUUUCGUGAGCUGAGUCUGGAGGAGGUCAUCGGGGUCGGUGGAUUUGGGAAAGUGUAUCGCGGUACAUGGAGAGGGGGGCUGGUGGCUGUAAAGGCUGCCAGGCAAGACCCGGACGAGGAUAUCAGUGUGACGGCGCAGAACGUCAGGCAAGAGGCGCGUUUGUUUGCCAUGCUCACUCACCCGAACAUCAUUGCCCUGAAGGGGGUCUGCCUCCAGGAACCCAACCUGUGCCUCAUCAUGGAGUAUGCUUCUGGAGGGCCACUGAGCAGGGCACUGGCCGGACGUCGCAUCCCGCCGCACGUUUUGGUCAACUGGGCUGUGCAGAUAGCCAAAGGGAUGCUGUACCUGCACAGCGAGGCCAUCGUUCCUGUCAUCCACAGGGAUCUCAAGUCCAACAACAGUAAGUUCUUUAAUCCUUUAACCUAUGAAACCCCAGAUCAAAGAUAAGUUUCACCAAACAAGAGUCAUGAUAAUGAUAAUAUUUAUAGGAAGUAAAGUAAUAAAACUGCUAUGAGUCAAAGUCAGGAAAGAAAAAAACAUGGAUUAAGGUAAGUCAGGCCUUUAGCCUCCUUGGUAGCACCCAUACUCAAAGCAGUCAAAGCAGUUAUGCCUCCAAUUGCCCUCACACUUUUGAUUUCCAAUCUUUGUACUGUGUAUAUUUUUGGAUCAGACUGAUAAAAUAUAAUUUUUUGCUGUAAAGUUGACCUUUUUCAAUGGGUGUGUAUGUGGUUUCUGGUACUUUUGGAGCCAGUCUCAAGUGGACAGUUAAGAAACUGCAGUGUUUGGAAGUUCUGCAUUUGCAUAAUUUCUUCAGGAUGUUGUAGAAGAAAGUUAAGGUAUCACAUUGUUCUAUAUUACAAGGUAUAUUAUGCUUGUUUUAGGUUUUUUAAAAGAUGGAUAUUAAGCCUCGUCACUACUUUGCGACAGUCCUUGAUGUAACAAAUGAAUAAACAAUUUCUGACCUAUUUAACCAGGAAACUUGGAUAGAAGUUGACCUCUGUGACUUACAGGAACCUACUUUCCUGUUUGAUAAUAUGGGUUUGUCAUCCCUAACUUCCUUUGAAACUGGAUUUUGGACUACCUAAAUUACUAAACCUGACGGCACAGCACACAAGGAAUCUAAACUAAGAGAAUGGGGCUCAUAAAUGAUGGAUCUGAUGGAUACACAUACUUCAGACAGGUCCUCUGUGUUACACCAUGGCCCAUUGCAGUGAUUGAACAUAGUGUACUCAAGUGCUCAAGGCUCCUCUUGGUGUGUUCAAGGCCAUAUCUGGAAAAAAAGGGAAGCUUUUCCACACUCUCAGGUUAAAUUAUUAACUCAGAUGUCACAUUAGUCUCAUCAGUUUUGUGACAGAGCAUUAAAAUAUAAGAUAAGCUUUACAGCAUCGCCCCUUUUUGGAUUGAUGCCCAGUCAUGUGACUCCCCAAAAGGUAGGCCAAGGCUACAGAGGCUGAACGGCUCGCAGAUAUGUUUUGUUGUUGGCAAGAAAGAAUUUAAGAAUUCAUGAGGAAGCUUCCCCUCUCCGCGCCGUCACAACACACUCUUUGGACUUUGAUGCGUUUCGGGGGAGCCGGGAAGUUUCACUUCAGUGUUUCGGGUCCCUGCGGCAGACACGUAGGCACUGGACCUUGUCAUUAAAGCCUCACUGCAGAGAGAUGUAUUGCUGAUAGUGCUUUCUGUCUGCCAUUCUCAACCCUAACAGUGCUUUUACCUAACCUAAACACUGAGCCACCUCUCUGUUAUUAUCAUUCUUGUGAUGCAGCUUAUAAUCCCUGUCAGCUCUGCACAUGGAUCUGAACCACCCACUGCUCAUCCUGUGUGUUUCGGCAGAUCUUGAUCGCCUAAGUACACUCAAAUAGAAAGAGAUACUGUUUGAUGAGGAACCACAAAAACAUUGAGUACUGUAGUUUCUUAGAAUAAGAGGCUAGUUCAGGGCCCUACAUAACUCCCUCUAUCCUGGGUUUGUUUAGAGAAAGCAAAAAUACCUUUCUGCCAGAUUCCUCCCCAUCCUUUUUCUGAUCUCCUUCAUUGAACAUCCCUUUUCCCUUCAUCAUCUGCUCAGCCUCUUCCUCACCCCAGUGUCCAUUUUUUUCCUGACCUCCCGCCGCUGGAAUAAAUGUCUCCUGUAGCGCAAAAGAAAGUGGAUUGUGUGUUAAUAUAGUGUUUGUAUACCAGGCAGGCCAAAGCCAACACAAUCCCUCUCUCUGUGCAGUCAGAGAUCAUAUCGCCCCUCUGCCUCCUCCUGCCUUUUUUUAAUUCUUCUCUGAAAUCUUUGUCCCUGGCCUGCCCCUACAUGUCUCCAUGCAGCCAUAACCCUGUUGUGCCACUGAGCAAUAUCCUGUUGUGGCAGUGGGGGAAGGAGGAGGGGGGUCAUUUCAAAAGCUGCUCUGUCAGUUGACGAAUAUCUGCAGCAGCACUGUAAGUGGAGUGAUGAUAGGUUUUAACGCACAGGUGCAUGAGCAUCUCAGUAUAAGGGCUCUAUAGCAGAAAAUUAUACCCUUUGAUAUGAAAAAAGUCUCACAAUGGGGCAGCUGGACCUAACAGGACAAAAUGUACGAAAGCUUUGAUGGUAAACUUCAGAUUCUGGUGUCAGUUCCUCAGAAUAAUGAUGCAAGUUCUCUUUUCUCCAGCUGCCAUUUUGCGUCUGCAACUCUGCAAUCACACAGAGAGAAAUCUUACAAAGAGGAGGCGGGGAAACCUUACUGUAGCCUCAAGUGGACAAAAAUACAAAAGCAGAAAGAAGAAAUGUGUUCAAGAGGGACAUUCAGAGAAAAAGUAUUCUCUGGAAAACAAAACUUUGUCUGACGAAGGCAAAAAAAUCUGUUUUAAAAUCAGUUUUGAAUAAGAUUUCUCUCACACAGCAAACAGAACUGUGUCUGCAGAAUGAUGCACAACAUUUGAGCUGUUCAAACUAUUUAUUCUUUAUUUUUUGAGAUAUUCUCAUUUAAUGUGCAAAUUGCCGGGGCGUUUUGACGGAUUCAGCUGCUUUGGCAAUACAGGGCGAAUUGUGAUUUUAUUCCACAGACAUUCUUAAAGGUGCGGUGCAUAAUAUUUAGCAGCAUUUAUCAGAACAGACCUGGAAGAAAUAGAAUUUAAGAUUAUGUUGAAAUAAGUGUGUGACUGUAUCAUUAAGAAUUGUGCUUUGGAAGUUUCAAAUUUACAUCAUUUAAAAAAUAAAUGCAGAAAUUAAGAAAUCAAAGCGUAUUGUAGGGGCCUGUUUUCAGAUUUUUCAGUGUAAGCUAUUGCAGUAACAAAUGAAAGUAUCAAAGUAAAGGAUUUGAAAGUAUAGUGAGUGGGUGGUAAUGCGAGUUAGUAUGUCAAAGGCACGUCUCACUCUGUUGUCUGUUUCUUAUUACCUGGUUCCAGCUAAAGACAUGAACAAAUGGAUUAAAAAGAUGAUUUUGUUGAUUUAAAAGUAAUUUAUUCUCUCUUUCCAUGGUUGGCAUUGCUUCUAUGGUAACAGAUUUUCAUUGUAGGAAACACUGACUGUAGAUUUGACCUGAUCAAGUGUUCUUAUUUCUUAUAAUCACAUUAAACUGAGCAGGUCUGAAGACCAGCCUGAAACAGAACAUCACAUUUUUGCCACAGUGUCAACAGGCAGAGGUGAAGUGUCCUGGAGGAGGUAAGACGUGGUGACAGGUUUAAGCAGCUUCUCCCUGGUGUUGCUUUCACUGUUGGGAAUGAACCAUUUUUGCUAUGUGGUUUCAGCGUGGAGUCCAAAGUGGCAUUUGUGGUCGAUAAUGAUUGAAUUGAAGCGAGGGUACAUGUUUCUCACUGCAUUAUUAUUUAGUAUCUGAGUAUUCAGUAAAAAAAAACAUUUUUCAUUUGAUCAUUUAAAUUCUCACCCACACUCGCUGAUACAGACUCAUCAGUCUCAGUAGUUCAAACCUCAGACUUUGAACCAUAACCCACAUUAGCUGUCGGGCUCCUUAUCUACAAGCAAGGACUCAUGUCUUACAAUACACCUUGGCAUGCAAGGCGCUGCCAACAAAUACUAAGAAAAACCGCACUGCUUCCAUAAGUCUGCAGAUAAUUUUGAUAAUUACUGUGGUUGCUUUAGCGCAUACAGGUGUCAGGGUUGGUUAUCUGAGUUAGAAAUGGGAAGGUAUGUCUUAGCACACCCAACAAAAUCUGUAUCUUAACUAUUUUAGGGACAGUUUGUUAAGUGAGUUCCUUCAGUGUCUCUCUCUAUUAUACAAAAACUUAAAAAUAAAAUUGACCUGCAAAAAAGCAGCAAAAUCUGUCAUUUCUGGUUCCAUUUCCCUAAAAAACAUGCCAUGUUAGGAGCUUUUAGAUUCCUCAUUUAUGAGAACCAAGACACAGAUAUCAAAUGGCUUUGAAAAUGUGGUGAUUUGGUGAUCUGCAGGAUCUGGACUAAUCCUAGAUGGACAAAGAAAUUUUGGUACAGUUUUUAGAGAUGCUAAUGAGUUAGUAUUCCCAAGUGCUGGAGCAGUCAUUUGUUAUAUUUCAGUGGAAAUGAUAAAUAGAGGUGGGGCCAAGUAUUGAUGAGGCAUAUCUGCACAUUAUUAUCUUAAUCAUUGUGAAACAAAUACUCCUAUGCUUAGACUGAAUAUCAAUAUCUAAAGCAGAUAUUGGUCUAAAACUCUCGUUUACUUUUUUCAAAAUAAAGCAUUCAUACAUAAAUAGUCAUAGAUUUCUUUCAUUUUGAGAUUUUAGGUCAAGCUGUCCAUCCAUCCAUUUUCUUCCGCUUAUCCCGUUGGGGGUCGCGGCGCCUAUCACAGCAUCUUGGGCCGAAGGCUAGGUCAAGCUAGUCUCUGAAAAAAAACUCUCUGUUGGAUAGUUUAUCGCCUGAAAGCUACCGUCCUCACAAAGCGAGUGGAUUUUACUGAUAGCUGGUGCAUCAUGUUCUUCUAUUUUAGUAGCUGAUAUUUUAAAAACAACAAUAUACCACAAACAGCACCAUUGACCCUAGUUUUUCUUUCCACAAACCUCAAAAAAAGAUAUUAAAUAUUGAUCAGCACUGAUUUGAGUUUUCUGUUAAACUCAGCAGAGACCUUCAGAAGUCUCCUCAGUCCAGCUGUUGUCCUUCCUCUGUCAGUUAUCUGCACAAAGCCUCCAUAGACCCAAAAACAGCUAUAGGCAUCACCACACACCGUAAAACUGAGCAGGGCUUUAGUUAGAACUGGUGGGGAAAGUGCCAAGCUAAGCACUCGCUGGGCUGGAGCUCAUAGGCCUUUUUUUUAUUCCAGGAAGGAGCCACAGUUAGAUCUUGGAUCAACAUGUCCUUUUUUUCUUCUUUUUUUUCUUCUUUUUUUUCAAUGAGUGGACAAACAUCUGAUACAUCUCUCUACCAGCAUGUUUUCAUUCAGGGCCCCACACUGGAGCGCACUCACAACAUCCCCUGUGUGUGUGUGUGUGUGUGAGAGAGAGAGAGAGAGAGAGAGAGAGAGAGUGUCCCGGUUGUGUGGUGUUUGCGAGAGUGUGGUAAACUGCACUCCCGUCACCGCUGCACUUAUACAAAAACACACACUGCCAUUGCUCUGUGCAGCAGAGGGAUCAUGAGGGCAGUUUAGACCUUUUUUUAGUCUGUAAUUUAAGGAGGAUGGAGGUAUUUUAAAACUGAUAAAGUCCCAUCAUGCACCUGUGUCUUCAUGGGAGAACUUUAUCACUACUCGACAUGUAAAGUUUCCCAGAUAAGUGAGGAGAUAAAGCAGCUAAACUGAACUAAAAAGAUAAGAUGGAGAUGUUGCAGUGAGGAAUGGCAGAGGUCGUUUUUAUAAAGAGAUGCAUGCUGCAAAUACAGCAAUCAUGCAACUUAUGUAUAUUUGCAGCUAUGUGUGUGUUUCUAUUGUUGCAUUUAUUACAGACCUUUGCAUGUGUUUUUACAUCCUACAAGCAUUUGCAGCAUGUCUCCCCUAAUGACCACUCAUCAGCUCUUGUCGGCCCACAUAAGCCUGAAAUUAUUAAGUAAAUGUAAAACACUUACUUUGAGUUAAGUCACGUAAUGCUAAUUCAAAGGGUGCAUGACUGUCGAAUAAAGAUUUCGAACAGUGGACAGUAGGGAGACCAUAUUCUGAAUCCCCGAAAAGAGGACACAGCGACAGGGAUGCGGAGUCAAGGAGUCGCGCGUAGUUAAUUUUGUGAGUUUUUCAGGUCGGAUUGAGUGUUUUUUGCGCGCUUUUAACUUAAGUUAGUCCACGCGACACGAACUCAGAACUUCCGUACAAAACCGCAGACAUUUGAAGGACUUUAUAAACUCCCCCAGACAAAGCCGGACAGCCCCCCAAAAAGAGGACAUGCCAGGCUGAAAGAGGAUGUAUGGUCACUAUAGUGUACACGUAUAAAAAUACACAAAGAAUAUGCAAACAGAUCCAAGCAUUCAAAAUAAUUUCUUGCAAGGCGGGAUCACAACCUCCAUGGCCAAGCACAUUUGUGCAUCAAAUUAAGUACCUGAAGUAUCUUUGCCUGUCUGCAGCUUUGAACAGCUUCAUCAACUCCAGCUGCUGCUGCUGCUUCUGCAGGGCUGCCAUCCCCCUCAUCACCUAAAGCAGCCAUAAGGAGCACAGCCAGACUUCAGAGCAAGUCCUAGUGGUAAGGGUAAAACUCGGCAAAUAAAAGGAAGAGGAGACACAUGAAGGUGCAGAUAAAAAUGUCUCUGAAGUUUAUUCUCUUAAAUAUCCAUCAUACGACCUUAAAUCUGUGGAUGAUGAAUUCAUCAUUCACAGCAGCUUUUAGCAGUUAUUCAUAGUGCUCUUAGGUUUACUUCUCUCUGCUACUGCGGCUGCAACUGAAACCAGAUAAUGCUUAUUUUGGAGGAAGGCUGACACAGAGGUUCACUGUAGCAUUGGGUAAGACUUGGGUGGCACAGUAGAGCUGUCAAUCAAAGCGUCAGUAACCUCUCAAUAAAUAUAAACGAUAGAUGCAGAGACGAAGUGUAGGAAAAAAGCCCUAAAGCUAACAUCUAACUCUGCUUCCAUUAGAGGAACUGAAGGCACUUAGCUUUAGCUUAAACAUUUAGCUUUAAGGCUGUUUAUUUAUUCAGAGCAGAAGAGGCCGCCAGACAAGAUUUAGACUGAAAGCAAAUAGAGAAAAAAAACUGAAUGUAAACUUUCAAUAUUUUACAUAAAUAUACAUCAGUUCAUCUGUUGUUCGGAUAAAAACAUCUGCUCUUAAUCUGGCAUGGUUUGGAAAAAUAUUGAAGUUAACUUUACUUAGUGUGCCCUCUGUAGUCAGUUUCUGUAAAGUGAGCAGCACUGAUUUAUUUUCUAUUCUGCAUCACUUAAUCAUUUGACUGUAGAUGUUUAAUUGGGUGUAAAUCUCAACUUGACAGGAUAACAUCUGAAGAAAAUAAUGAAUCAGUUAUUACUCCAGGUGUAUGUGGCUUAUGUUAGAGCAUGCAUGAUCAGAGGUCAUCUGGGAGAGUAUGGGACUGUGAUACAUUUUAAAAUAAGCUUUCAACACUUAAAGGUGGGGUCGGCAGGAUCUGAGGAAGUGCCAGUUUUUGGUAGACAUCUUGAAUGUAAAGACUAUCCCUCCCAACCAAUUUUCCCCUCAGCUCCUCCUCUCCCCUUCCUCUCUGUACCAGCAAGCCCCACCCACAAACAGACGCUCCUGCUCACUUGUAUCAUUCCAAUCAAAUUCAUAUAUAAUGCAGAUAAAUACUUAAGAUAAUUACAAAUGGGGCCCAGUCAGCGUGAAAGUAAAACGCAUUGGUGCUACUGUAGAGGCCAACAGACUACCAGCAAACACAAUGUUUGCAGGACUUCUACAAGUAGGAUAAAGUGACAUACUCCGGGACCCGAGGUAAACAGUUAAGCAGUGCAACAACACACAGCAGGUCCCUUUUGACAAGAAACACUUCUGUUACACUUGGCUUACUUUGUUAAAGCGGUUUACCUGUCCAGCAGAAAGGUUACAGGAUCCCGAAGCGUCCCCCAUCGUUUAUGCUGUUGUUGACCCGGCUUCUUAGCUCUUGUCUGGUGUACCUCAGUUUUAAGCGCCUGUUAUUCUGCCCGACUCUCCAUUAUUUACUUUAUUUUAUUGCUUGUGUUUUCCGUACAUUCUGGUUGGUUUCUACGAUCCGAUGUUGGAGCAUGCUAACUUUGUUUGGGUUUGUUUAAGUUAUUGGAGGACGUGGAGCACUCUUCACAACACGAGGGAGCAGCGUCUGCCUCACAACCAAUCAGGUUGGGGGAGGCGGCUUUGGUAACAGUCAGCAAGAGCGGGCCGCUUAAAAUAAUUAAAAUGUUGACUACACAGACAUAACAAAACAAUAUCACUACAAAUGUCAUCAAUAACCAAUAGCUAUUGACUGAUAUUAAAAGCUUUUUUGUAUAUACACCACAAAAAAGAUGCUUCUCUAACAAAAUUCUGUCUACCUCACUUUUAAGGAAAUAAAAGAUAAAAGAUGAUGUGCAGUAUCACAACAAUGUUGUAAAAUACUACAUUAAAAAGGGUACUCUGUGUGCCAAAGUCUAAAACUUUUAAACUUUCUUCUACUUAAACUCCUGUCCCCAUAAUGAGUCCAUUUAUGCAUUAGCUAAGUGUUUUUUAAUUCAGCUGAAGUUUAAAUGUCAAUGGAGCAGAAAGUGCAUCGUCAUGAGCCAACCCAUCCAUAAACAUGGCCUCACGUUUGCUGACGCCUACAUCUACGGGGUGCCUGAGGGGUCCCAUUAGGGAGAGGAGGGGGUCACCGCGGUUGGAGCUCAGCUGGCUCAGGCUGAGUGUGUUUGGGUGAUAAGGCAGAGAAGAGUUUGUCAGCUCCGUUGCAUCUUUUUUCCCCACAGAAAAAAGAAAAAAAAAAAAGACAGGCAUACAAAUACAGAGAUCCUGAACUUACCUUGGACUGAAGAGCAGGGAAUGACUGGAGGUUAGAGAGCAGAAUUUAAGUUUUUCAAGGUGUUUUAUUUCACUUGUAUGCAAGUCACCACAGACCUGUAGCUCAAAUGUUAGGGAUGUCCUCAGAUUGGCAGAAUGGGACCAGAUGUGGGGAAAAAUAAUUUAAACAGGGCCUGAAUUAAACAGGGAAAGCUACAGUACUUAUACUCCUGUUUGGAAGUUAUGCCUCAAUCGGCCAGCUGGGGUUCAAUUCCAGCUCAAAGUCUAAUUUUCCACCAGUCAUUCCCCACUCACUCCAUGGCCUGCUCAGUCCACUGCAAUGUCCUCUCCAAAUAAAAACAAAAAAUAAAUCCCAAAAAAUGGAACUCCUGAAAAGUGCAAAUAAGUUUGCAUUAACCAGGAAUUACUGGACAUCAGCGUGAAGUCAAAAUGUCCUGCUUUGUCCAGUGCUUUUUCCUCUCCAAAUAAAGGCCAAAAAAAAAAAAAAAAAGUGGAACCCCUGAAAACUGCACUGACAUUAACCAGGGAUCAUUGGAUGCCAGUAUGUAACCAAAAUUGUCUCUGAAUAAAUACACAGCAUAUUCACAUUGCACUCCUGCAUAUUUCUUAACAUGUUAAACCAGCAUUCUUCAUGAUAAUAUAUUUUAAAAACCAAAAAAAGCUCUUUAAAGUUGUUUCCUUCCACUAAGAGUUCAGAUCUUAAAGUAAAUUUUACUGUAUAUAUUUGAUUUGCAAGUCAUGACAGUGGUGAUACUUUCUUUGCAUCUUUGAAAUGGACUUGUAAACUGUUCUGAAAUGUAAAAUAACAGAAUUUUAACACUGUGAUUAAGAACGUGAUAACUCCAAUUCUCUUUGACAGCCCUGGAAAUCCUAAAUGGUAAAGCAAUAAGACAGAAAAGGGAAGUCCUGACUCUCUCCCUGAUAACUUAAAUACUGUAUAACCUGCAUCUACAAACAUAUACAGUAUAUAAAAACAUACACUGCGGAUCCACAAUAAGAUGAGCCCACUCACACUUAGUCAUGAAAACAGCAGCAAAUGUUUGUGUGCAUGUGUGUGCGCAGGAUGAGUGGGGGGGCUGAAAAAAGCAGGGAAGGAGAAGAUAAAAAGAAAACAGAAGAGCAGACACUGAAGGAAGUCGAGACAUUUCCAGAACACAGCCGGACUGAAAUCUGUUGUUUUUCUUCCUUCUUCAGUUUGAACCACACACACAGAUCACAAGACAGCUUGCAUUCAGACGAGGGAAAAACCUGCUUAUCAGUUAUUGUGUGAGUGAAUUUGGUUAUGAGGAUGAGGAUAUAUUUGUUUUGGAGAGUUUAACAAAAGGAUUCUUCUUCUUCUGUGGAGUUAACCAUUGUUGACUUUGUUGGAGGCGGCAGGAUAGAGAGGAUUUGAUCAGUUCAGCUAUGACGCUCUAUUUGGAUGGGGUUGGUCCAAAUGAUGGUGAAAUAUGUAUCAUCGCUGCUUUAAUAUGUCUAAAAAAACAAGUACAGUCAUGUUGAGUAUAAUGUCUGAAUUAUACUUUUUAAUCUCUAUUAAUUCUUAACUAAAAUACAAAACCAGUGUGGGUAUUAAAGAGCAUGAGAAAACGACUAACUUUUCUAUGCAGUUACUUUCAGCUUGAAGCUCUUCAUGCAAAUGCUGCAGCAGCUUCUGCUUCUUUGUAUAUUUUUGAUGCAUUCUUGAUGCAAUGACCAAAAAGAUUCAGUGUGUUCAAACUUGGGGACUUUUUCCCUUCACUUUUGAUACUUCUAAUCCAUGCAGUUGUGUUAUCCUGCUUGAAAAAAGGUUCACACCAGUGACUACAGAUGGGCAAUGAUUAGAUUUUACUAAGUUAACAAAUGUUAUUACUCUAUUUCUUUUAAACAUACAUAAAAGGACACAUAAACCAUCAUUUAUCUUUAUUUUGAGAGACUGGAUGUGGACAGUCUCACUAGUUUUCCUGAGGGGCACGUAGGUCUAGAUGUUGCAGAAACUCACAUUUUGCUAAAGGAAAGCUGCCGGCCUCACUAAGCGCGUUGAUUUAACAGUAAGUCGUCAGUUGUACUUUUUAAUAAUAGGAUAAUCGUUCAGUUUUUAGGAGAACUUAAUAAAACGUGAGUUAAAACCAUUUAGAUUUGGAUUUGGACUAGUUCUUUGAUUUCCCAUCCCCACUUUGCCAUUUUACUCCUGUCAGCUUGUUUAUGUUUCUGAGGUGGAGUCUGUGCAGUUGGGGUUCAGCUUUGUCUUUCCUUUUCCACAAACCAAAGUGCACAUGAGACUGAACAAAUAAACAUUAUAGAUCCCUCGGCCUGGCACAGAUUCUUGUGUUGGUCUCUGCUCCAUUUGCAGCUGACUUUGCUGAUGGUUUCUCCUCAUCCACAGGUCUUAGACUUUUCUGUAGUGAGUUGGAUCAAUAAAACUCCAACCUUAGAUCAUCAGGUCCUACUCCUGCCUUACCGGGCUACCUUGACCCCUCAGCUUUUGGGAUCAGCCCUAUGAUGACCUCCUGUCUGAGUUCCUGAAGAGAUGUUUCUAAUGAAGGUUAAAUAUCAACACAUGAGACCUGGAGGUUCUGUUAAUAAGUGACUGUUUUCAGGACCUCACAGGACUUUACCUGGCACUGCAUACUUUGCAUAGAGAAUCAUUUAUAACCCCCCUCUGACAGCGCCGAUGCAGAGGUCCAGAAGCAGAUUUUUUCCUCUUAGUGUGAAUGUGCUGGAGGCAUGGCUUUUGGACUACCAUGCUUAUGAAUUUAAUGCAGCUUGUGUGCCCCGAUGUGUUUGUUGAUCAGUUUGUGAUCAGACGGUUUUUACACAACAGAACUUGGGAGGUAACCCUGAACCAUAGGUAUCCUGGAGGUGACGGAAUACUUUUCAAACCCUUGAUAAACAGUGUAGGGGAACACGUUUUUAACAUUUAACUGUUUUGGCGCUCUCAAACCUUGCAUGUCAACAUACAAACUGUACGACAAGCUAAAUUACCACCUUAUCACAUUUAUCCAUUGGUGGGGCGUCCAGAGGGAACUUUGUUUAUCCUGCAGCUAAAAAAGAUGUUUUUCAUGCAUUUGCCAUGAAAGGGCACCAGAGAGGCAUUAAAUAAUGUUUAUUUAUGUCACCCAAGAGGGCACUCCUAAGACGGUUUUUCAAAAGUGAGGACACAGGGUCCACCCCUCUGAGUACACCCCUGUUAGUAACUGCCAAUAAAGGGUUUAAAAUGACAAACCAGCAUUGCCCCCACUGCAAAUAAACAUCUGACGCAGCUUGUAUCUCAGAUAUCAGAUGAAAUCUAGUUGUUGCUCUGUUACACGGAGAAAACACAGUUAAAACAUCAGACGCCAUGAUUCAAAUAGUAAGGUUAUAUUGUGCUGGAGUUCUCAGGGUGAGACUGUUUUUGAACGUCUUGUUCAGAAAGAGAAGAGAAUUAAGCAAGAGGGACACCAGACUUGCUCAAUUUGGUUUAUUUUUUUCUUUUCUUUAUUGUGCAAACACGUGAGAGGAAGUGUGAAAGUGCCAAACAUUGCCAAACUCACUCCCCAUAGCAGGGCUAGAAGGCAAAUGCUAAAUAACUGAACUUGAUGUCGGCAUGGGGUGAACAAAUUGAUUGACAAAACCAAACAAAAGAGGAAUGACAGAAAAAAAAGGAGGGACAAAAAAGCAGAGAAGUUUUGUUUGAUGGCAACCUGCAUCCAAACCUACUCAGAUUGUGAUGUUACUGAUUUGAGAGACAGAAACCUUCUGCUCAGUUCAUUUUUGUUAGGGAUUUACUUCCUUCCUUUUCGUACUUUUUGGAUCAGAUUCUUGCUCUUAAACACGUGGCCCUAAUUUAUAAUUUGUCAUUUCAAAUAUAGAAACACUGAUUAAGUCACUUACGACAACUUUAAAACAUGGCAACAGCGGAGGAGGCUUCUGGAGACCUGGCCGAAGAGUUCUUUGAGCUGUAAAUCAUUUACAGCUUCUACAAGAAUUAACAGAGGGACAUUUCAAGGCCUGAAAAUAAGCUAAAAACUCUGUCUUCAGAUAAUAUUUAUGUUAAUCUGAACAUAUAAGUGGUGAUACAUCACAAAGAUUAAUCUAGCCGGGAUUUUAAAUCAACCUUUGUGACCAUCCUGUCUGCUGUUUUGAAACAAUAGUCUUGAAGGUCGUAGUUGUGAUGUCCAAAUGCAGCAAGAGCAAUAAAAUAAUUUUAAUAAAGCUAAAAAAAAAACACUAAAUGAGCUGCACAUAAGGCUUGUUCUUUUGCAAACCCAGUUUAUUAUCCCGAUGAUUGCACCUAUUAUAACUCGAUUGCUCCUGUGUUUAAAUCUUUACAUGAAAACAUCAGUAAAAAUGGCGGUUUCCUCCCUGAUGUUCUAUACUGUACCGGAAAACAUCAUUUGGAGAUAAUAUUUCCAGGCUGUGAAAGCUGUAAGUAGGUCAGCAGGUGAGCUAGCUUUAUUCAAAAGGCAGAAGCAGAUAAACAUGGAUUUUAUGGGAUGAGUUUUGCACAUGCUCAGUAACAUAUAUUACUCAAUACAGUGUCAAAGUUAAAGCAGCAGCGGUGAAACUGGUCAAACCUGAUCAUUAUCAACCACAAGUAAAAGCAAUGAGAGUGUUUAUUAAAGUUUAUAACAGAAUAACAUGAUAACAUCUGGGGGGUUUUCAGUGUCAGCUUAAAUGGAAAUAUGAAGAAGAGGGUGUUGCAUGAACUUUAUCUUUAUGGUCAUCAAAUGAGGAAGAAGUGCCACCUCAGAGUGAUUGUAAAACCUACUCAGAGCUGUCACUGAGUCCAGGCCUGGUUUCUGACGUUGCUUAACUCCUACUCUCAGUAAACAACCUCAGAGCUGAGACGAAACUCAGGCUGAGUGAGGGCUAGUUUCAUCCUCUGCUCUAUGAUUAUGUCCUCUCUCUCUCUCUCUCUCUCUCUCUCUCUCUUUCCCUCUUUCUCUCUCUCUCUCUCUCUCUCUCUCCCUGGUUGCCUGGUCAGAGGUUGCCAGACUGUCUGUCAGCCGAUGGCCUCGUCCCUCAGGGGACAAAGCUCCCGUUCUUCCUGGGGAAAGCCCCCACCCUGCCGGAAUUCUCCCUUCGCCUACGGGUGCAGAGUGGCGAGGGAGGGGAGGAGAGGCAGGAAGGUAGAGAGCAGAGAGGUUGAUCCACUGUGGCGGUUUAAAAGCCAGUACUGAUAGGUGAAUAUUUUUACUCCUUUGACUGAUAUCAGGCAGGUUUAGGUUUAAUUAUUCAUGUGGAGGGGGAAUGUGGAUUCUGGGUACAUUUCAAGGAUUUGUUUUGAACCUCAAUAUUUAUUUAUCUAGCACCAAUUUGCAACAGGUGUGCUGGUCUAGACUAGACUCUUAUUUACAAAGGAUCAGACCCAUCCUCAACCACACUAGUGACACACUUAGCAGGAUUUAUGAAAUUACAGUGGAGAGGAAAAACUUCCUUGUCAGGCAGAAACCUCAAGCAGGACCAGGGCGGUAUGACGCUAUAUUCCGUGUGACAGUAUAAAAGUGUCUACCGGUAGAAAUUUUGCGAUACUGUUUAAACCGGAGAGAGAAAGCAGAUGUCUGCGGCAUAUCCCUGAGCCAGUGUGUAGUUUUCUGCGUUUGCUAAGAGGAAAGCCGGAGUGCAUCUGUUUGAGUGGAUAUGGUAUAUUAACCAGCGUGUUGUGCAGAGUUUGUUCGCUUCGUUUGAUUGGACAGGUUUGGGUGCGCUCCCUAUAAUCACCAGCGUGUCCAACAGACUGCAUGGCGUAGUUUCGACUCUGAAAAACUCUGGUCUUUUUUUUUUCUUUAAUAAACAAAUUUGUGAUGCUGUAAUUUUUUAUUUUCAUUUUUUAUAAUUGCAGUCACUGACACCAGACUGGUCUGGCCUUUUGUUUGCAUUUUUAUACAAAUCGGAAUAUAAAAAUACAAGAGGAAAAUGAACAAAUGUGACAGUAUGGUUAUUUUUAAGCCAUUAAUUGAAUUUACAGGGGGAAAAACAUACUGUGAUAUGAAAUUAAUCAUAACUUGAUACAAGAUCUUGUUCAUACCGCCCAUCCCUACUCCCAGUAAAGACUGUGAGUAUUAGUAACUCUAAUGGGACAUGAUGAUUUAAAGUUAAUGAUACAGACAGAAAGAGGAUGGAGAAGGAGGGAAAGGUGCUUGAUGUGUCAGUCAGUACCUUAGCAGUCUAAAAGAAGCUGGCCCAGGCCUGGACCCAGUCUAUUUUAACAUUAUAAGGGUGUGUGCCCCUGACACCUUCACUGGUAGAGAAGAAAAAGAGGCAAAGUACUUGAAUUGCAUCUGCAUUCAAGUAUCAGCAGAUUAAAAUACCCAGUUAUUAGCUUUUUGUAACCCAUCUCACUGUCUCACUGAAACAAUAUGAGAUUUUUGUCACAUCAGUCAGUAUCAGCUUGAUAAUCCUACUCUCUGUUAUCAGUCAGACUCCACCUGAGGCUGGAGGCACUGAGGGAUGGCUCAUGAGAAAUGCGCUGAGAGACGGCAAUGUGGCCCAAGCAUCAGAUCCAGGAGAAAACAUAAUUAAGUGAGGUGCAGAGUGAGGAGGCAGGGAGCGGCUCUGGGCAGCUGACUUUUGCAUCUGGUAUGUUAUGACUGAGCUGGAUGGUCAGGGAGAGAGUGUAGCGCAGCUGAAAGGUUACAGCUUCUAUCACUGUGUGUUAGUGUGAGCUCAGCAGCAGAUCUUUGUCCCCCUGGAUGCCCAUGAGUAGAAGGUUAACCCUGUACAAUCUUUUGAAUCGGUGUGUCUGCAGGUGUUGAUGUAGCAGUGAGUUUCUGCUGCAGAGCUUUGAGUGCAUCCUGCAAACCUUCUAACUUUUCCAGCUGACUCUUGAAUCCAGUCAGGUAGAAGGUCACCAGGUCGGGCAAUGUGACCAUUGUGCAAGCAAGUAUCUCUGAGAGUCAGUCCAAAGUUCUGCAUCCAGAAAACAAAUAUUUUCGGUUUGCUUGUUUUGAAACAAGUAUUGCAAAAGUUGAUGAAAAUGCACCCGUUGACCUCUUACAUAAAAGUCAGUCACUGCUCUGAAUGUGAAUCAGCAGGACGUCUUUAAAUGUGGCUUUUUACUCCAGAGGACAGUCACGCUUUUUUCCGUGUUUGCACCUUUUUCCUCGUAUUUUUUCUUUUUCACAGUCUGGUUUUUAGGAGAAGUGUUUGGUAAUACUGUUGUUUGUCUGCCAUACUUUCCUCGAACAAACAAGGUUAUUACCCUGGAAAUGAUGUCAAAGUUGGUUCCCUGGAAUCAUUGCCAUCCAUCUGAAAUUUCUCUUUCAUUUUACAAGAGGUCAGACUCUUUUUGCAUUACCUAGCAGUUAUGAAAUCCACAUAGGCCUAAGGCUAAUGUCUGCAUUUUUUCUAGAAGGACAGAGUUAUGCUUUAUUAGUUGGGUAGCUUGAGCUAAAUCAUUCCCGGAACGUCUAAUGCAAAAAAUCCCUUAUACUGAGAUUCUAGGUAAGCGAGCUGUUGAGUCAGUCCCGCUCCGAGCUCAUAUCUGGGCCGCUGCUGCUGCUGUUGCUGCUGCUGCGAGGAGUCACGUCUGAAACUGACACACUCUUGUCUCUGAACAACAAACAAUAGCAAACAGAGUCCUGUUGCUGUGGAGAUCUGUCAUGGUGUUUUCGUGGCGACAUUGUUGGUUUUGCUAUCAGGAGCACGGUCUGUCUGGGCAAGACUGAUCUGGUCGUGAUACUCUCUGUUAUCCUGCGUAGGAGAGGUGGUUUUCCUGCUCUUUUUUGACACACCUUUUUGAAAUGAUACCAGGUGGGAGAUAACAGGAUGCGCUGUGUAACCUCAGCGUGUACACCCCAUAUUCUUGAUACAAAUCAGACUUUAUAAAUCCUGCUGAAACACUGCAGCUAUUCUGAAGUCCUAAAGCUGUGUGUUGGUGUUGUUUGUCAAGCUCUUGUUACAGCAUGAAGGGUCAUCCAGGGCGGGAGUGUUUUUUCCCAUGAUUCCCUCCACAUCAUUGUGAACAUCCUCUUCAGACUGAACUUCAACUUUUCGUUACACCUCUGAAGUUUCCAGCUGCAGGCUCUCUGUGUUUGUGGGUCAGCGUGUUUGUGUUGUAACAUACCGUCCAGUCAGAGCAGCUGACUAAUGCGGCGGUGGUUGUCAGUGUGAUGGAAGCUGCAGGAGGAGAAGGAGGAGAAGGAGGAGAAGGAGGAGGAGGAGGAGGAGGAGGAGGAGGAGGAGGAAGGCCGGACGGGGCUGAACUGUGGAUGCACUCUGCUUGCGCUCAGGAAGUGGAAGAAGAAUGUGGUCGUAUGUGUGCUGAGACUGCAAAAACGCUUUUGUUGCCUGUGGUUGAUGUGCAUGUUUGUUUCUGUGUUUGGUGUGACUGCACAGAUGAGUGUGUGAACAGGUAGACAGAAAUAUGUACAUGAAUGAGCUGUGUUUAUUUAUUACAUGCACUGUUAAUGAACAGUCAGUGUGUUAUUUAUGGGCCUUUUGGUCUGAACUGUAAAGCUAUUUACACUGCAGUGUCUGACUGUUCUUUAAAAGAGCUAAUAUUACUGUAGCAAUUCAGUGGUGUCUGUUUGUUUCCCAACACAAAUGGACGACUCAAUCAACUCCUUCUUUCAAUCUCAAAUAUCACCAAUUGAUUUCGGUUAUUUGAAUAAAAAUUUGGAUUUUUCAACGACAAAAUGACACCUAAUGAAUAUUUACACCAUAUAUGCAACAUAUUUGAAAUAACUGAGGGUGUUGCAAAGCUGCAGAAAAAACAGGUGGAAAGAUUGGCUCUUAAAAAAAAUCUCAGCAGAGAGGGUGCUCAGUUUUGGCAAAAAUCAAUGUUAUGAGAAUAAGACCCAAAAUAUUUGUUGAGGGCAUGAUUUCUACUAGUUUGUCAUUUCUGGGGAUCGACACUGAGGGGUCUGGUUUUCGGAUGUUUGGCGGGGUUAUUUAAAAACACCAGUGUAGUCAGAAACAAUGGGUUUUGGUAAGUUCUGAUAAUUUUCUGUUGACUGUUUCACUCAUCCUUUCUACCCACUUUUUCAUUUGAAGGCAAAAGUUUUGGAUCUGGAUCAGUGUGUUUUCUUUCCUUUUUGAACAAUAAAUCACCAUUGACACUCAACUGGACUGAUGAAUUUAGCGCACCUAAACCCCAGCGGCCUUUUUGUUGAAGGAAAGCUGUCGCUACAAUGAUGAUUAAAUAUGACUAAAUGAAACAAGAAUUAAAAACUAAAGGAUCUUGGCUAGAUUUGAUCACAGGCUGCAGAUCCAACAUAUCAGUCAGCCUCUUUAAGUCCUAACUUUUAUCACUCAAAGACUCAGGUAUUCAGUUUAUCCUGAUUCAGACCAUCAGCUUACUCCAUCCCUUGGCUUUUCAGGUGCAAGCACACCUGCCUCCUUCACCUGUGGUGUCAUGAUACUGUAGCUCAUGUUGAAACUUGCAGUCUUCAAGUUAGACUUUGCUACACAUUAACCUACCUGAUCUAGCAUGAAGUAAAACUUAACUAAGAGUUAAGUGGUUUGCAGGCUAGUUAGCAGGGCUGGUAUUGGGCAUGUGACAUCUAAACGGUCUGUAAAUUCAAAGUGCUAGUUUAGCUGUACUGCUGGUGUCUCUUUCUCUUUUGUCUUUGUGUCAACGAAAGUCCCGCCUACGACACCAUCUGAUUGGCUGGAUGUUAACUGACAGUGUCUUUCAAAAGUCUUUCAUUUUUACUGCCAGUGCGUAUUAGUUAAACUCAAAAAUAUAUCACAGUGCCAAAUGUUGCAAUAGCUCAGUAUGUGAGUGUGCAGUGAUUUCUCAUACUUGUAUUUAGCUGAGUGUUUUGCUAAAUUACAGCCUCAGAAUGUGAGUGUUUGGUGUGUGUGUGUGUGUGUGUGUGUGUGUGUGUGUGUGUUCAUCCUCGUGUGUGUGAGUGUGUGCAUCUGUUUGCCUGUGUAGAAUGAGCGCUUUGUGAGUGUGAACCAUUAUCCAUAAUUCUGCUAUCCAAGCCCGGGCAGCCGCUUUCAGCUGUGCCCUGUUUCACUCCAUCAUAUGAUAACCAUCAACAUUCAGUUCCCCCUCUGUGUCUCGCUUGCUCUCUCACCUCACUCCACCGCAGCACCUACACUUCCCCUCCCUGUUCGUCUCUGUCACUGUCUGCUCCCAUGUGACCUCUCUUAACCUCACCUUCCUAAAAAUAACUCUCUGCUUAUGGUGCACAAUGAACAGCAAGUAGGAAUGACAAAAACAGCUCUUACUUUUUUUUCCUUUUUUUUUUUAAACAGAGGCUCUAACACUAGAGGCUAAUUGGCUGAUACCUGGCGUCACUUCCUGGAAGUGGGGUCACGGUGCAGAGAGUGAGCGUCAGCCCGGAAAUAGGGGUGACUGACCGCGGGCUUGUUUUCACCAGACGCUGACCAGCAGGCGGACAAAAGAAGUAGAGCAAGGGAUCAGGGCCUGUUGCAGUAAAUACCGGCACCCUCCUCUUACGCCAUAACCUCCCCCAGCUCCCUGAGGGCUGAGUGGAUUUGACAGAAACAGUGACUCAGCCAGAGAAAGGACAGACAUUGAUUUUCUGCAGAAAGGUUAAAUGAGUGGUCACUUUUUCUCUCACAGUUGUGUUUGUUUUUGUUUUGGCCAUUGGCUACCUGAGCUGGUUUAUUGUUGAUGCCUUCCUCUGCAGGCAGAAGUCAAUUUAAAACUUUGUGAUAGGAAUAUUUUCUUGCACUUUUUUCCAAUUUAACAAGCCAAUUUAAAAAUAAUGAGGUUGUUAAAAAUAUAUAGAAGUCUCUCUUUAAUUACCUCACAUUGUGUCUGUCUGUAGACUUCUCAGAGUUCUGAUUUAAUCAUAAAAAAGGUUCAAAAUGUGGGAUUGGCUGUCUCUUAACGCACCCUUGUACAGCAUCUUCUCCCCCACCCACUCAAAAAGGAGAUACUCUUGUUUCAGGGUGACUCAUGUUGCACUCUCGUGGUUUUUGUCUAUCACUAGUCUCUUUCACAUAUGCACCUCUGAAGGAAAUUUCAGGACUGUCUACCCAGAUGUUGCAAAACACACUCAAAAUUUAGCACUUUUUAGUUGCUUUUAUUCUUAAAACUCUGGAGCAUGCCAGGUUUGCACAGUCUGAUUGCAGUGUUUACAUGCCAGGGGGAAUCUAAACACUAACCAAAUUAUCUAGAACUUCAACUUAGCCAGAUUUCAGCCAACCUAACAUUUUUACAUGCAAUUUUAAAGUGCUUGUUGUCAAACUAAUACAAUAAAUUAGGGCUGCAGCUAUUAAAUAUUUUUGUAAUUAAGUAUUCUACCAAAUAUUCCAUCUAUUAAUCCAGUAAUUGGAUAAAACAUAUUUCUUUUAGUUAAAGUGCAAUUAUUGCGUAACAAUCAUGGAACAAGCGCGUGCGUUAGCGGAUGGCAGUGCUAGUAAGAAAGCUAAUUAUGAUAUAAAAUUUAAUCGUGCCCCUAAAGACAUUAGCGUCUGAGAGCUGAAUAGCUCCUAUGUUGCAAGCUAGCAUGAAGACGAGUGUACAGAGCAGCACUAACUCCGCCUACAACUCAGAGGCAAAUUGCUAAUGAGCUACUAGAGCUCUGCUGAAGAAAAGCCCCUCUCAUCAUUAAUUUUUCUAUUCCGCAAAACCAAAACUGCGCUUACUCCUCCUUCUACUGUGGUGACGUAAGCAAGUUGUGUCACCUUGAAAAUUUCUGUGCGAAACAGUGACGAUUUGAGCUAAUAACAUACCUGUCAAGUUUUGGUUUGAAAAAUAAGGGGAAUUUUCUGACACCCCACCCCCUGGAUCAGUGCCGCAAGCUGAUGAUAACUCGCUACCAGUUUGUGGGUACUUCAUGUGCGCUAGUGACAGAGUUUAGUUUGGAGAGGCAGAAAAAUGUUAUUUUUUAUAUACAUAUUUUAUAAUAUGGCAGAUUUACGGAACAAUACUAAUACGGGAAGAAUAAAAUUCCUCGAUCAUUUCUUGUAAUCAAGGUACUUGAGGAAUCGUUUCAGCCCUAAAUAAAACAAUAGGGUGAAAAGCAAUACCUCCACUUCAGCAUGUCCACUACUCAUGAGGACAGUGAGUCAACUUUUGAGAGGAUACCUCCUAACGCUGUGCUGCUGAACUGAUGCUCAAAAACUAAGUCAGCCGCUUUACACACACAGACAAAAAGUUCCUCACAUUUUUUAGUUAACAUCAUUCAAUUGAGCAAAAAUCAACAAUAAAAAAAUGAAGCCAAACUUUUUUAAAUCUGGAAAGGACAAAUAGUCACAGAUUGUCGUUGCAGUAGAAGGUGUUGGCAUGUGUGGUUUCAACAGAACCAGCUGCAGAAGUUUUUGUCCGAGUACAUUAUGAAAGAGCCGAGUCUCCUUUCCCCUUCAACGUUCACACACACACACACAGAACAGACAACACAACCUCUUGUGAUGCAUUCCUUUGUGACGUCAAACUCGCUGCUGCCUCUGGGCUACAAGGCACAGUACAGGAUGUUAGAGAGAGAGAGAGAAAAAGAGACAAAGAAGAGAAAGAAUCCUUCAUAAGAUAAAUUUCAUAUUUGUGACGUUGACGAAAAGGAGGAACUUCGGAGAAUUUCAAAUGGAAAACAGUCAAAAGAAGAGAAAAAAGGAAAAGAGCGCCCAGCCUUGAAAGUCGGAAAGUGACUCCAAAUAGAAAGAGUCCAACUUCCCUAUAAUAAGUCAAAUUCUUUACUGCUUCGACGGCCAGCCUGAACGAUGCCCGGCCUGCCAGCAGAAGGGGAAGAGGCACGGCUGCCGAACAUACCGAGGCAUGUGAUGCAGAGUCACACCGCAACAACCCACAUCCUCAGCAUUAUAUUCUAUUUUCAUAGAAACAAAGCCAUCCAACACGGCGUGUGGUUGCAUAACACCAGCGUGUUACCAAACAGUGUUUUCUUAAAGCUCAUGAGAGGUUCUGAUUUUCUCAUCCGUGUGCUCAGUCCUGUAGUGUGUCUAUUGUAAUAAACUGCUGUUUGAAGCACCUUUAUCAUUAUUGCCAUUUGAAUCAAUGUUGAAUUGAAUUAAUGUGAAUCAAACAAACAAUGAUGGAGCAUCGGAUCAUCAAAACAGUUCGUGAUUUUGUAUGGCAUUGGUUAGUCCAAACUGUCUCAAUGAUGACUCUAUUACUCCCAAGCUGCAUGCUGUAUUUGCAUCCUUUCCUUGUGUCCUUGGGGAGAAACAAGAAGUGUAUUCAGAGAUGUCCUUUCCUCAAGCGCGUCACAUGGAGGGAUGUCUGUUUGUGAUGAUUCAGCUGACCACCACUGAUCAGCUGUCAGUCAGCUUUGUGUUGCAUAUGUAUUUACCGCUAGUCUUGUGAUCCCCAUGUUUCAGAUUCAUGCUGCUUCAGGAACCCUGGGAAUUAUUAGCGUCAGAAUGUCUGGUAAAAUAGUUUAGCAUCUAUAGUGAUUUUGGUCAAAGUAAAUAAAUAAAUCUACUGCACAUUAGACCUUGAGUUUUUAAUGUGCCUUAGAUGGAUUUUAUAAAAUUUCUGAAAAAUGAAAUGCAAUGGAUUGUGAUAGAUUUCAGAAUAUGACAGAUUGGGGCUGGGCGAUAUGGCCUCAAAUCAAAAUAACGAUAUAUUGAGCAGUUCACCUUGAUAAUGAUAAAUGGAUGAUAACUACUCCACAAGCUGCUCACCCCCUCCCACUUUAACUUUGUCUACUUCAGCCACUGCUACAACUUUUGGACCUUCUUCCAUCUCCUCACCUGUCUUUUCCCCUUUGUUAUGGACUGGAUGGGGUGGAGUCACGUCUCCGACUGGACAGUGUCUUAAAGGGACAUGAGACCAUAGCCUACCUACACACAUCCAAAACCAACUUUUAUUUAUUUAUUAUUUUGACACAGAAUAUACCUAUAUGGGCAAAAUGCUGUCGGUUAUUGUCAUAAAUUUUGGUAUCUCUAAAUCUUUGGUUCAUCACCAAGCCCUAUGACAGAUACAUGUAUAACAAGAGAGCAUAUCUCCCCUGAAUGUGCUUGUAGUUCCCUAUUAGCCUUCCAGAGCAUUGCGGUCCCAGUAUGCAGGCCUGCUCAUUGCACCUUAAGUCUCUGAAAGUGGUCUUGGUGGUAGAGUUUUCAGUCAUCUAUCCAUCGAGGUUCAUGGGGACAAACCCCCUCUCUGUCUUAAAGAGCAGACUCUGUUUGCACCGUAACAAUGUGAGCAACUUACAGAUUACACCGAAGUUAGAAAGCUCUUGGAAAGCACAGAUUUCCCCUAGUUUUUCAUUCAUAGUGGUUCAUGCAAAUCAGCCCGCCUGUCUUACAAUACUGUUAUAUUUUAUGUACAGGAGUAACAGACUGCCUAACGUGGCUCUUUUACAUUAUGAUUACGUUUUAAACUGCAGUCACUUACACCUAAUUAGUGUAAGUGACUUUGUUCGUCAUUUAAUGUGCAUUACUGUAGUUCUAUUCCCCCUCCAGCCAUUUAAAAGAACAACAUUUGAAUAGCUGCGUCUGUGUGACACAUUUAAAUGAGCUGCUUUUGUUCGCUGCUUUCUGUGAUGAGGGCAAAUAAGGAUGCACGAUAUAUUUCUUUGUUGCUGUUGUUUGUUUCUGGGCUCUGAAAAUAUGAAAGGAUGAUCACUGCUUUCUUCUUUGUACAUCCUGUGAUAUUUAUUGCGCCUGCUGUCUCCAGAAACUGUGUGUCUCUCUGUUUUGGUCUUAUUUUUCUCACCCAGUUCUCACCCACAAAGUUAUCCUAAACAAACCUCAGACUGCUUUUAAUUCCAGGACUGAUAAAACAAAUAAUAGUUUGCCUUAACUAAAAUUGAAAUUGCAUAAUAUUUUAUAUGUCAGCGCCACACAUCUGAUUCAGAUAGGUAACCAAGUGCACAUUAGUUCUACGCUGUGGUGUCUGCAGGUGUGAGAUAAGACUCUGCAGAGAUGGCUAUCACUGUGCUCCAAGGGAAUUAUGUUUUUGGGACAUUGGCUCAGCAGACUUGGCAGAUUUAUGUAUGCUAGUCUGAUAAUAUUUUUCUUUACAGUUUGGAUAUUGCACACUGUGAAGACUACAGAGCCAGAAAUGCAGAUUUCUGUGGUUUUCUCUUUGAUAGAUUGAAUUGGAUUGAAUUAAAUUCUUUUGAUAAGGGCACAUAGUGGAAAACUUGAGAGUUUCUAGCUUUUACUCAUCAGCUCUUCUUGUACCUUGUUGGACCUUGACAUAUUCAGUAACGUACAAAUUGAUAGUUUGUAAGCUAUUGAACCCUCACAUUUGAUUAAAAUUGUGCAAAGAUGGCAGCAAUGUGUUUUAAAAUUUGGGGCAGGGGCAUGUUUAGCAUAACCCUAGUCUCACCUGAUUUGGGAUUUCAGCUGCUCAACGGUUCAGGGUCUCUUUUAUCAUGACUUCAGUGUCUUGAUGCACCAAAUGUCUUUAAUCGUUGACGAGCCCAGACUGCAGGCAGGCCAGUUUAUCAGCAGGACUCUUCUACUACAGAGCCAUGCUGUUGUAAUCCCUGUUGUCAGAAUGUGGUUUGUCAUUGUCUUACUGAAAUAUGAAGGUCUUCCCUUAAAAAGUCAUUGUCUGGAUAGCAGCAGAUGUUGCUCCUAAACCUGUAGAUAUUGUUCAGCAUUAAAAAUUAAUUUUGGUUCAAACACACAAUAACACUGACUUAGACCCCCCCUUGAGAGAUGAAUGUUGCUGACUGCUUGCUUCUCUAGUUAUACCAACUUUAGCAAUGACUGCACAAUAGCAAUACACAGCGGUCUGAGGAGCCAUACACAAACCUCAACCAAAAAGACACUCUAUAGCUGCAAAUAAUACUCAGAACAGCACCUAACUUCAUCAACAGUACAUAUAGGGUCCCAGUCACAGCACUAGCCACCAAACAUCUUUUUAACUUUGCCAAAUUUCUUCAGCAAAGAGACCAAACAUAAAUUACCUACUCUCUUCCAGCAGCCGCUUGUUUGUAGCGAGACCUCAGGCCAGACUACGGCAGGGUGAUGCAGCUCAAGGAAGAACAUUUAUGAUCAUUUCCUUAUUCUUUCCUUGAAGUAGUAAUCACUAAACUAAUCAUUGCAGACGCAGUAGUUCUUCUGCCUUAGGGUCUCGGUCUGAUUGCAUUUCCAUGAAGAAAUGAUCAUAAAUGUUCUUCCUUGAGCUAACCUUUCAUUUGGGUCUGCCAGAGAUUCACAGCAAAUCGAAUGCAGAAAUACUCAGAAAUGCAAUUUUGCCUUUACUUUUCUCAUGAUAUGCCCUGUAGCAUCAGAAAAAUGCCUUGUUGUAGACAACAAGAAAAACAUAAUUUUCAUCGGAGUGGAUCUUUAAGGCUGUUAUCACAAAACAAAGUGUCUAUGAACUAUUUUGAGGUGUCAUUUUCUUGUUUUUGCUUCAAAAUAAAAGUUCUUUCUUUCAUUGAGAAAAGAUUUGAAUCGUAGCAGACACAGAAGCUUCUGAAGUCCUUGUAUUUAUUUUCAAAAAUACUACUUCCUGUCUUUAAGCUCAUGUGACCCACAUGUUGAGGCAGUUUCCGGUGAUGACAGUUUCAUUCACUCUUUCUCAUGCACAUCACUUUUUGACAUGCUUUAUUUACAAGGGCAGUGAAGGUCAUGUUAGGCCAACGAUUUUGCACCUAAUCACAGACUUAUUUUUUUUCACAGGUUCAAAGAGGUGUUAGGAUUUAUGUGUGAGCAGGUCGGGUGCAAACUCUGCUGCACACUCUGUUUGGGUUGUAGUGACACAUAAGAAAGAGAAAGAAGAAGUGAGAAAUGGAAAAAAAAGUACUGAAAAGAAGUCCCUCUUGUGUUGUGAAAAGUGCAAAAACAAGUCUUUUUGUAAUGCGUUCAAACUACAGAGCAUGUUUAACCCUUUACAUGAUCUUUCCGUUCUGUCUGCAGUCCUUCUGGCUCAGCCCAUAGAGAAUGAAUGUAUGGAGGGUUUGACGUUGAAGAUCACCGACUUCGGCUUGGCAAGGGAGUGGCACAAGACCACCAAGAUGAGCACCGCUGGCACUUACGCCUGGAUGGCCCCUGAGGUCAUCAAAUCCUCCACCUUCUCUAAGGGCAGCGACGUUUGGAGGUGAGUGUUUGAGUCUUGAAGUUUCGUGACAUUAACUUAUAGUAAAGUUUACAGAAGAGGCACAGAUACAAGUAUUUUUGUUAGGGGUUCAUUGAGAGGAACAGUUCAGCGUUGCUGGAAAUUUUGGUGAGAAUCAGGUGAGAAGAUCAAAAUAAGUCUUCUCUGUGUAUGCUAAAUAUGAGGCUAAUUACAGGCUAAGCAGCAGAGCUAAUCCUGAGAAGUCUAACUAUUCCGGAAAAAGAUCAGAUGGUAUCCUGCGUUGCCUGGAAAUUACCAUGCUGAUCUGCUUGUUAGACUGGUAUUAGUUCUUUGGAAGAAUAAAAAAGUUCCUGUAAAUAAAGAGAAGUGUAGCUCUUGGUACAGGUUCUCCACAGAGCUCUCUCUCGUUCUUGGUUGAUCAGUUACUCAGCAGGGAGGCGGCGGAUGUUGGAUCUUUUGAAUCCAUGUGUUUCCUGAUGUUGUGGUGAGUUUAAGCACCCUUUAGUUAAAGGUUCACAUCUCAGGGUGUUGCUUUUGGGCCACUGCUCGCCAAAGUCUAUGUAAAUGUGCAAAGAGAAUUAACAGAAAGGACCUCCCCAUGUUUGAUCACCUGUGGACGAUGUGUCAGGUACUGCAGGUAAUCAGGAACAAGCGAUGGAAGAAGUGCAUUACAUAAAAAAAAGAGACACCAAUUUAAAGUGUUUUCUGUUAAAUGUGAGGAAAAAUUUGUAUUUUACACAGUUUGAUCCACAGGUAGAUAUAAAGGAGUGAGCCUAAAAAAUUGUAUUCAGGUGAUUUUACAUUGAAUAAAACUGUUACUAUGCAUAUUUUAUGUUCGAUUUCUGACUGUCUUAAGUUCAUGAAGUCAAUGCAGAGACGUGAUUAGAGGCUCCUACUACUCUGGUGUGAAUGACGUGAAUUUUCUCAAUUUGAGUGGAUAUUCGUGUUGGGAUAACCAAUCUGCAUGAUUGGUUAUCGCGACGUAUGAAAGGUGAUGUAUGAAAAUGGACAGUUGUUUACUGGUAUCUACAAUGGAGGACAAACUGGUUGUUGCAGUGUGGGGGCGAAUUUUAUGAUACCUUUUCUUUCUAAAACAGAAACCGGAAUAAAAUGGAGCUCACCUGGAGGCAAGUGAGUGAGGUGGUCAGAUUACCUGGUAAAUUGUAAUAAACCUUUGAAAAUGCCGCUAAAAACCACACACUGUACCUUUAAAGGUGAAGCUUUACUUAUUUAACUUUUGACUUCAACUAGAUAAUGUUUUGAUGAAAUUCAUGCAGUUUUUAUUUCCCUUAUCAAGUUUAAAAUUAAAUAUUGGUCAUCAAACUUUUAUUCUUCCAAGAGAGGUGAGAUAUCUUCAUGAUAGUGUAGAGACUCUCUGCAGCCGCACAGUGACUCCUUUCUGCAGGAUAGUGGGCUUGCUGCAGGGCUCUGUGGAGCAGACAGUAUGACAGACGUGGAGGUGAAAGUGCAGAGAAGGGAUGGUGGGAGAUGGUGAUGGAGGGAUGGAGAGGGGGGAGGGCAGAGUGAUGGAUUGCAGCGCGGCUGCUGGAGCCAUGUGAUGGCGUCUCUUCAAAGAGCUGCUCUGUGCUUUGUUGUGGGACAUGUGUACUGCACACUGUCCCAUUGUCUCCAGUAUAGACACAGAAGGAGGCCACACACCAGACCUAACCACAGCCCUUUAUCUGGGAAAAGCUCAGCGUGUCUGAGUGUGAGAGUGUGUUUGUGUGAGUGUGUGUUUGGGCACUUCUACACAGAGGGAGAGAGAGGAGUCCCUUGAGUCUAGUUUGUGGUUUUAUAAUCAUGACUUAAACAGUUGUGUGAUUUGUAGAGAGGGAUUCAUGACGGCUUUUCAGAGCAGAUUAUGAAUGAGUUCUUCAGAAGGAAGCAGGCCGAGACGUUCUUACUCUGCAGAAAGAAAACACAUGCAUAUUUUUUUGCAACUCUAACGCUGUUGAUUUGGUCUUAAAUGGUUCUUUGCAGUCACAUUCAGGGGCCGAUGUAAGACCGCUGGAGCACGCUGUUCCAGUAACCUUCUCUGCAUGUGUCCUUGAGACCAUCAAAAGGAUUCAUCUUUGGUUCCAGCACCAUUUAGCCAGAGAGUAUAGUUUUGAAUUUUUUUAGCUUUCUUAACGAGCUGAGCGUCAGCCCGCUAUCUCACACACACAUCUUCUCAGUUUCCAACUCCUGCGUGUAUCCACAACAAACCCACGCAGGCUCAUUUUCACAGCAAUCUCCGUGCAAUCUUGAAAACAGCAAAAUGGGCGAGUAGCAGGCGGGCGGGCAGCUGCGCUCUGAAAAUGAAGGGUAAUCUUUGUUCUACUAUUCUUUCUCAUCUGUCCACGGCCGCUCGUCUCCAAAGCCGCCACGCGGAGACGACAACCGCCUUAGGGCGAGUCGACGAGCAGCGUUUGUGCACAGUCACAGUGUGUGGAAGUUGUAAUUAAAGAACUAAAUAAAAAAAGGCUGCGGCCUGCGCUCUCCACUUAGCGAGCCUCCUCUGUGCGCUCAGUCAGGUCCGGGCGAGGGUUAAUUGACAGUGUGGGAGAUCCAAGUCCUGCGCCACGCUUCAUCUUCUAGGGACACAGGGCUGCUCCCAUUGUGUGGGCUCAAAAGUCCUGUGUGUGUGUCUGUGUGUGCUCGUGUACUUUGUACACGUUUUGCAUGCAUGAAUUCAUGUUGCUUUGCAAGCACGUUUCAUCCAGCAAAAAUAUUCCACUGCACUAUUGUUUCUUAGCGCUGUGCUGCAUGUGCUAUGAUAAUGACUGUGUUAGUUACAGGGAGGAAAUACUUCACAUUAAAGUUCACUUUAGUUCACCUGAGAAUUUGUCUUCAACUUCAAGUUCAGGACUAAAUUGGAGAAGCUGGUAAACACAGGGACAUAUUUAGCUACUAAAGAGUAAAAUAAAAACUAAAAAUUGGAUGUUUAAGUAAACAAAUCUCAGUAUCAGAGGGUUAUACAACAAUGUUUUAGCUCGUUUGGCUCUCAAGUGGCCAAACUGUCCCUUGAGUUUUCUAAAAGGAUUAAAAGGGCGCCAGAUUUUUUAUUUAACCUUGGCCCUGAUCUUAAAAAUAUUUGCUAAUUGUGCAGCUGAUAGAGACACACUGUUCUGAGUUUGCACAGUGAUAAGGGAGCUUUGUGAACUUGUACCAAAUGCAAAUUAAUUUCAAGUAUUGGAAGACAUGAUCCUCUUCCUCGGCUGUGGGUGAGUCUCAUGUUUGUGUGUCCCAUUUUUACAUGUGCAAAAUUUCUUGAUGCAGUUAAAAAUUUGAGGGAUCAGAUAAUCUGAAUCCACUGUUUCUAUGGGUGCAACAUCUAUUCAGAUGAGAAGCAUUUGGACAUGCGCAGAGUUGUCUGAUUCCACUAAAACAUUCGCAGAAGAAGAGUUGUAUUGACGCCUGUGCUGUCAACAAACCAACAAAUGCGCUAGUGGCUCACUCUAUUCAAUUCAGGAUAUUUCCUUCCGUUACAUGUCCUCACUUGAUGGCACACUUGUGUACCUAUUUUACUGUUCUGUAAAGGUUGCACUAUGUGUGCAGAUGUGACAUCAUUACACUGUAUGUACCUCUUGUUAUGUUAUCGGAGGAGCAGACACGGCACCUGUGGUUGAGUGUUAAUAAUGAAACCUCCUGUUCUUGCCUCAAAAAACAAGCCAAAGUCUAAAGAGUAAAGAUCGAGUCAAGUUAGAGAAUCAUGAUCGGAAUAAGUGUUUACAUGGAUGCGUUUCGGAAAAACGAUCAACAUAAACCACCCCUCUUGAUCGGAAUACAUUGCUUAGAUUGAGAAAAAUUGGUUUAGAAUCUUUCCAUCGACAUGUUUACGUGACACAUUUUUAUUCUGAUCGGGCCUUCAUUACGAUAAUUUGUGCCCAUGUGAACGCAGUCAUUUUGCCUUUUAAGUGGGGUGUUGAAGCUGGAAAAGACAUUACUGCGCUUCAAAGUCAGAAAAAAUACCCUGUUGUUGUUUAUAUUGUCAGCUUUUAAUGGUAGUUACAAAGAUAAUAAAACUUAUUACAAUAUUAUCAGUGUGAUUAGUUAGAUUGUACAUGACUAAUAGAUAUCAGUUCAAGUGCAGCUAUUCUUCAGUUGAUUUGUUGGGGUAUUUGAAGUCGCUCUGAGUUUCUGAGUCAGAACCAACUUUAGGGGGCGUUUAGAAACAACAAGUGACAUAAGGUUUGCUGACGAAGCAAAUCCUGGCAGAUCAGCCAAACUUCACACCUACUGCAAGAUUCUCACUAAAGUACAAUCCUGAAAGCUCAAGAAUCAAAGUUUGCUUCCCUUAAUGAAUUCACGUCUCAGAAACUUGGAGACUAACUGGUUCUGCUGCACUCAUCUGUUCGAACAUGUAGAAGAAGCAGCCCUGGUUUAUGUCAGACCAUUCGCCCCAUCGCUCUCUUUCUUUUUUCUGACUCGAUCUCUGAAUAAAUUCAUAAAAAGCCCUCCUGAGGAUCAGACCUGGACCCCUCUCUGCUGGGUGUGCGGAGAGAUUAAAAGAAAAGAAAGCACUGAUUUAAGAGCAGCAGAAUUCUGACUUUAAGAUCAUCCUGACACUGUGCUUUUUGAUGAAUGAUGCUGUAAUCUCCCAGUUUCUUUUCAUCUCUCUAACAUUAUUCUUUUCCUCCGCCCAGCUACGGCGUUCUGCUGUGGGAGCUGCUCACCGGAGAGGCGCCCUAUAAAGGAAUUGAUGGACUUGCUGUCGCCUACGGAGUCGCCGUCAAUAAGCUCACCCUGCCCAUCCCCUCCACGUGCCCCCAACCCUUCGCUCAACUCAUGGCAGGUGCGUGUGGAAAUGUAAUCCAAUGCAAUCCUUGCCGUGUUCAGGCGGGGUUUCUCCGCUUGGCGCUGUGAGAGUGCUCUUGCGUGACAUCAAAUCUGUGUCAACAACACUCUCUCUUUCCAUUUCCCCAAAGCGGGGUGGAAAUUGAGAAAACAAAUUCCUGUAUGUCGUUAAUAACGUGGCUGUGGAGAGGAAGUGUUUUUGUGUCAGAGUGGCUUUGUGCAACUUGUUUGUACUCAUUUUUCUCUGUUUAGUUUCAAGCUAAAAAGAAGGGUCACCUGAGUUUAUGCCAGCCUGUUAUCCACUGACUCUUGACAAGCAUUAGCUAGAAGCGCAGACAGUUUACACUCUCUCUGCUUAACCUCUCGCCUCUUCCAGGCCUGUUUGAAAAACAGAGAUCAGUGCACCAAACCUCUGAUAGCCACCUCAGAGGAUUCAUUAAUUAUCGGAUUGUUUUUUGAUCUUCUUGUAGGGCCCAAAGCAUCGCAGCAAAUUAUGCAAACCACCCCACAGCAAGUUAAUUAAGCAUAACAGUUAGAAUAAGUGAUCAGCUUGACUCCAAAUUGUGCUCACACAGUGCCUGAAGUAUGUGUAAAUAAGAAUUAGAGGGAAUAAGAAUUGAUGUUUAAUGUGGAGUGUAAAGAGCGCAGGAACAGUCACUUUCUAAAAGUGAUCAGCUUUUAAAAACCUUAUAAACUGUUGAAAAACCUCCUCUGAUGGGGAAUGAGACAGUGGGUUACAUCUCUCAGGCUUCUUGAUCCAAUAAAUGUCAUAUUAGUACAUAUUAGCACACAUUCUUGCAGGAUUGACCUGCUUUAUUUGACUGUUUGCAUUCAACAGAGUGCUGGGACCAGGAUCCACACCGCAGACCCAGUUUCAGCUCCAUCCUGUUCCAGCUGACAGCCCUGGAGGAGCAGGUGAAGGAGGAGAUGCCGCAGGACUCCUUCCACUCCCUGCAAGAGGACUGGAAGCUGGAGAUCCAGGACAUGUUCAACGAACUGCGGGCUAAAGAGAAGGUAAGAGGCAGCAGAGUCUCUUUUAUGAAACCAUCCAAAUAUCUACUGAGGGUUAAUUUCUUUUAAGGACUUCUGUAGUUUAGUAUACUUGAGAAAGUCAUCAUAUUCUGAAGAGUUUUGACUUGAUUUCGACUCAAACACAGACUCAAGUGUUGCAAACAGUCAGUCUGCCACUUUGUUAGCUUUGAUAAACGUGAAAAAAUGACCUUAUUUUUGUCAAAAACUGUUAGAUUUGACUCUUGUCUGUGAUUGGUUGCAAUUACACAGAUAUGUUACUUCAUUUUAUAUCCAAAUUACUGCAAGAAAUCUCAGACACAUUUGAGAAGAGCUUCAUCUCCACGGGGACAUCUGUAGAUAUUUAUAACAAUUCUCCAGUCAUUUUUGCAAGUUUGAUUUGACUUUUGUAGUAGAGGAUGGAGCAGAAGGAGGGGAUAGUGUAGUUCUCUUUAUCAUGCUUUGUGUAUCACUCAUUAAAGGUGGGGUAGGCAGGAUCUGAGGAAGUGCCAGUUUUUGGGAGAAAUCUUGUAUGUAAACGCUACCCCUCCUAACCAGUUUCCCCUCAGCUCCUCCUCUCCCCUCCCUCUCUGCUCCAACAAGCCCCGCCCACAAACAGACGCUCCUGCUUGCGUGAGUAUCGUUUCAAUUAAAUUCAGAUAUAAUGCAGAUAAGUACUUCAGACAAUUGAAAGUAAAAAGCAUUGGUGCUACAGUAGAUGCCAACAGACUACCAGCAAACACAAUGUUUGCAGGACUUCUACAACUAGGAUAAAGUGACAUAGUCCAGGACCCGAGGUAAAAAGUUUAGCGGCGCAACAAAGAUCCUGAAGCGUCCUCCAUCAUUUAUGCUUCAUUGAUGUUGACCUGGCUUUUUAGCUCUUGUCCGGUCUACCUCCGUUUUAAGUGCCCGUUAUUCCGCCAGAGUCUCCGGUAUUUACUUUGUUUUAUUUGCUUGUGUUCUGGUUGGUUUUCUACAGUCCGAUAAUGUGGCACGCUAUCUUUGUUUGGGCUCGCGAAUGUUAUUGGAGGACGUGGAGCGUGCCUCACAACCAAUCAGGUUGUGGGAGGCGGAGAAUGGCUUUGUUUACAGUCAGAAAGAGCGGCCCUCUCAAAAAUUUUAAGAGAACACAGCGAUAUUGUUAUAUCACCAAAUGUCAUCAAUAACUAAUAGCUAUUGACUGAUAUUAAAAAAAAAUUGUAUAUACACCACAAAAAAAGAUGCUUCUUUGACGGAUUACUACCUACCCCACCUUGAAGGGGCUAAGUCUGUCCUGUACUCCUCAAUCAGUCCACCACCGUCUUAUUCACACACGAUCUAUGUCUCCACAUGCUGUUAUUAACAUGACUGUGAGAGUGGCUCACUGUUAAUUCAUCAUAAUGGAUACAGAUACAGAUGUUUUAUUGCAUGCAGGAUCUUUUCAACUGUAAUCAGAGACUCAAGUUUUAAGUCCAGAUGUUAUUUUACCUUAUAGAUAGAAGAACUGUAGAUGAACUGAAGCACGAACAAAACCUGGAUAGAAUUGUGUAUUAUGCUGUAAGUGGGCCAGCACCCCUACUCUAGGUAUGCCAGUACAUGUUGGCACACCAGGACUUUUUGCUAGCAGCCAGCCAGAACCAUUUCCUCCAUAAAAACACCUGAAGCACAUUACCUGUGCUGCACUUUGUCAUGCCUGUGUCCUUUUGUGGGCGUUAAACAAUGCUUACUCAUCUGUUUUCUCUGCAGAUUAUUGCGAACUCUGCAGGUUCCUCCUUUGCACUGAAUAAUACACUUCUGUGUAUUGUUUUUAAAGCUUAGUGGGAAACUGUGCAGGAGCAUGUUGAUGCAGAAAUGGAGAGAUUUGUUUUUUACUUGAGUUUUUACUAGAUUGCUUUUUAGUCUCAUAAUAACUUUUGUAAUUUUGCACAUAACUGUAAUGAUUUAUAAAUUUUGGCGUCAUAGAACAUGUACUAACUAGGAAGUAAAGGAAGUUUUUGUACUUACUUAUCUCCGCUUACAGCUCUGUCUGUAUCUUGAGUUUUGUUGAGUACUGUUAAAUGUAUAAUUGGCGGAAUAAACUUUUAAGAGUUCUUACAGUAUUGUUGAACAUGCAAACCAAACAGUCUGACUCACAUUAUAAGCGGUUAACAAGUCUGUGGGGGUUGUCUUGCUGUAAAUGCCAAUAAAAAAGCAUCUGUUUAACCGCCCUCUUUUGCACAAACUGAGAAGGCCAGGAGGAGAUAAGUCAGUCAACUUCUCACAUCUCCAUCUGCGCCUCAUUCUCCCUCUCCUCUCUCUUCCUUCCUCCUCCUCCAGGAGCUGAGAUGUCGUGAGGAGGAGCUGAAGCGAGCGGCCUUAGAGCAGAAGUCCCAUGAAGAGUUCCUGCGGCAGCGCGAGCAGCAGCUGGCUCAGUGGGAGCAGGAUGUGUUUGAGCGUGAGCUCAGCCUCCUCAUCCAGCACCUGAACCAGAAUCAGGAGAAACCAAACGUCAAGAAGAGGAAGGGGACGUUCAAGAAGCACAAGCUCAAGAGCAAGAACGGGGAGAAGAUCAGCAUGCCUCAAGGUGGGUUUUUGGGUGGGUGGUGAUAAUCGUGGGGAACAGGGAGUACAACAGCAUCUUUGACAACCUAAAAACAAUAUUAGCAUUGAACAUAACAUGAAAUCUAAGCAAAAUGCACAACAACGCAACACAAAAAGUGACAUGUAACUAGUUUGUAUGAUUUCAAAGAUGUAGUUUACUGUGAAUGCAAGCUGCUCUCUAACAUUAGCCAACAGAUAAUGAACAAUACAGCAAUACAACUUCAAGUUUGGGAGGCAUGAUGUGCCUCUAGUUUUUUUUAAAGUAAAUACGUACUGAUGGAAAAUCAGCUGCAGUUCUUUCAUUAAGAUAUUAUUAGCCUUUGCAAUUAACAUUUCAUAAAGUCUGCAAGAAUUACAAUGAAUGAGAAAAGGAAAUGUAUCAAAAAAGCAAUUCCCUCCCGGCCAGUACGUUCUGUGAGUUCUGCAUGUUAAAUGGAGGUCUGAGCCUGAUGUGAGAAAGCUGGCUGUAGCAGCCCUUUGCAUUACUUGAAACAGAGUCCAGUUCUGAUUCUGCAGAUUAAUCAAUGUAUCUUAAAUCAAAUACCUUAAAAUUAAAGGACAUUGAAAAUAAGCUUUGCAUAUAAGACACAGUGCUUUAUCAAUCAAUCAUCAAUCAAUCAAAACUUUAUUUAUAGAGCACUUUUUCUGUAUACAAUACAAAGUGCUUUACACAUAGAGAAAGAAAAAAGAAACAUAGAACAACAUUUCAGAUAAAGCCCCUCCGUUGUGCCCCCCAUACUAUAUGCUCACGCACAUACAAACACACACAUGCUCAUACACACGCACCUGCACGCUGUCACUACUGACAAAAGGGAGACAUGGCAUGACCCUGAGGAUUGAGGAAGCGCCAUUUUUGGGGCCAUCCACACUUGGAGGAGUCGCAGGCUGUGCAACCAGGGGCAUCAGCGUCCAGGCUCCCAGGCUCCAAGCCGAAUGGACCCAGGGACAGCGCCCCCAGCAGCAGCCCAGACACAGCUCCCAGUGUGGAGGACCCCCCUGAGGAAACACAGGAGUUGAAACAACACACGCUUGAAAACAACACAUAUGCGUGUUUACUCAGCAUAUCAUCUUCUCUUAAAACACACAUGCUGCAGAAUCAUUGUAAGACGUGUGCAGCCAACAAGAACACAUUAGACAUGCUCACAGUGAAACAAAAACAUCCCAUAACAUCAGCAAAAACAGUAAUCAGCAACCCUUACAGCCUCAAAGCUUAGUUAUAAAUGUACAAAGUCACGUAGUACCUUUACAAAGAGUGCAAACUUAGUGCUAAACAUUAAAAAAAAACCUGCAUUGAUGCGAAAUUGAAGGGAAACAAUAAAUUUACAGAUCACUGAAGUGAGCAAAAUGUCAUGUAAGUCUGCAUAAUGCCACCUUUUGGUGGUGUGUAAGCUUCCUGUUCAGCGACACUGUGAAUUUGUUCUAGUUUUGCAGCAUGUAGCAUCACCCCAGAACAUGUACAAGAAUGAAUGAGCUUGUAUUAGCUCCUCAGAAUAACUGAUGCAGGCCUGCAAACAUAAUCAUGAGGCUAAGGGUUAACCAGCUUUACUGUAUUAUCUUGAGUUUGUAGUGAAAGGAAAAUAACUUCAGCCAGAACAACAGUGAAGAAAACACAAGACAGCAAAGAAGAGGAAGUGUGUGCAAGAGUUUUGUGGUGUAACAGUGUUAAUAUUGUUGCUCGGCUGCAAAGGUUCCUGUCAGGGCUGGACUUAAGUGUGUUUGAAGUUGGGAAAAGAGGCUGCAGUAUUCAUGCAAUAAAUUUGAGAAAAGGUGUAAAGUGACAAAGUUGUAAUAGUUUCAUGUCAGAGAAGUCCUUGUUAACAGUGUUAGAUGUGGAUCCCAGGUACUCAGUAAGUCCCCGCUCCUGUUUUUUUCCACUAACACUCAGCUGUACACAUUCACAUUCCCUCUGCUGUCACAAAGUCGCUGCAGUUCACAUCCAGUGUCUCUCACAGCGUGUCUGACUGUAUUUUGGACUGAGCAGGCAUGCGUAAAUGCAGUCUGUGUGUGUGUCUGUGAGUGUGUUUUGUGUGUGUUGUGUGUAUGCGGUGUGGUUAGGCCUUUCCCAGCAGCAGCAGGGCGGUGUUGUGGUGGUGGAGGGGGGGUUGAUGAGAGGGGAGAGUGAGCCAACCACGCCUCGACGCUUCCUGUCCAUGGACACACUGCUGGCUGGCCUCUCUCACUUUCUCGCUCUCACUCUUUUCUUUUUAGGCAUCCCUCCUUCACCCUCCUGCCCCCUGUUUUUAUUUUCUCAUAACCGUAUCUCCCUGACUCCCUUUUCUUCUUUUCUUCCCUACAUAAAUAUUAUCUUUUUUUUUUUUUGCUUCACCCCAAGUUGCUCUUUCACUUUGUAGUCUGCAGAGCUGCAUAUAUAUUAGCCUUAAUCCUGCAUAUUGUAAAAGCAGGAACAGAGAACAUGCAGAGGGUGCGCUUAUUUGGGAUUUGGAAGUCUUAUUUGUCACAUACACAAGCAGUACGUGUGGAGAAAUGUAGAGCAGCGUACUCUUAAGGCUGAGCUUAAGGAGGAACAUAAAAUAUAAGGAUAAAUAUGCAAAUAGGUAGUGUUAAAGUGCAUUCAUAAUUAAAGGAGGUUAUGUAGUUGCAUUUUAAACUUUGCUCUGCUGUAGUUGUGUGAAGGGUAAAUAUGUAGAAAAGUUUGGCAUAGUGUUGCGCAGUACCAUUGGCUUGGCUGUUGAAGAUAUAAAAUCUGUAUUUUUUUAGGUCAAAUGUCCCCGUCUGGACACCUUUGUACACUGAAAAAAGGGACUUUUUGGUGCAGUAAAGUCUAUUAGAGUAACUGGCAUAAUUUCUACCUUGUAUUUUUAAGAUUCAUAAAGCACUAGAGUUUCUUGAGUUAAAUUAAACAUUUUUUUAAUGUAAUACAUAAAUUAUGGGUGAAGAGUAAGUUUCACUCAGGUUUCCUUAUACUAUUUAAAUGUUUAGUAACAUUUUACUUGACACCUAUCUCUAUAAUGCAUUAUAAAUAUAUGUAUAAUGCAUUAUGAUCACGUUAUAGCACCAUAUAACUAUAGUUAUAAGCACUCAAAAAUGAUCAUAAUGCUUUAUCACAAUAAUCAUGAACAUUAUAAGGCUUUUUAUCAUGACUUACAAGGUCAGGUAUUAUCAUGUGUUAUAGCAGCUAACAACUCACUGACAAUGCCCACAUAAAUAAUGCAUUAUACAUACAUUUAUGAUGUGUUAUAAACUUGUAUAACUAUCAUUAUGAACUCUAAUUAAUUAUCAUAAGGCUUUAUAACAAUAAGCAUAACACAUUAUAAUACCUGACCUUGUAAGUUAUGAUAAAAUGCUUCACGUUCUUAUAGUUGUAUGUAAAUAAACCUACGAAUUCCAAAUAAACUUUACACUGGAAGAGUAGCGUUUUGAAAAGCAUGCACGAUGCAUGCCCACUGUAGCCUACAACAGGACUGACUCUGCUCAGAGUCCAGAUGUUACAGGAUCAUUCGCUUAGGAGGUAAAGCUGUCACCGAAUGACUGGAAGGUUGGCAGUUUGAUUCCCCCCUAGUCUGUUUGUUGUGUCCUUGGGCAAGACACUUAACCCACCUUGCUGCCAGAGUGUCUCUUUCACUGGUGUAUGAUUGUGAGUGUCGUGCGGUGGUGGUGGUCGGAGAGGCUGUGGGAGCAAAUUGGCAGCCAUGUUUCCAUCAGUCUGCCUAAGGUCAGCUGUGACUGCUAAGGUAGUUUAAAAUGUCAAGCACAAGAAAAUACUGAAUAUCUACUUAAUUACUUCAUAACAGCAAAUACUACAGAGAUAUUAAAUUUUACUUAAAUCAUUUGCGUGUAAUUACUUACAAUAUAUUUUUUUAAAGUAAAUCUUAGGAGUUAUUUCUUUAAGUGUAAUUUUAGGCCCAAAAUAAGAGACAAAAAUGUAAUGCAUGAGUGAAUCAAAUAAAUAUCUACCUGAUAACCCCUCAGGUAAGUACAGUCUGCAGCAAAUGAGGCUUCUCUGUUAAAACAGGGCUGACAGUUAUGAUCAUGGAGACUUCUUUGACUCUUAUGUUAGGGUUUGUUUCUGCCCUGCUCUCCUUAUCUGCUCCAGAUUUCUGCAGGAGUCCACAUUUCUCAACGCAACCAAACAACAUGCAUCUUAAUGCAUCUCAGUGCAUGGUAUCACAUCCUCUUUCUCCGCUAUAUGCACACACUGCCAACUCACUUAUAAUUAGCCUCAAGAAAAAUCGGAUCUUCUUCUUUCUUCUGAAUGUGGUGCCAUAAGUUUUGCUUUGUCACAUCAGCAUUACUAACGCGGACGGAAACCCCCCUGAGACUAACAACUUUGCUGUAACCUACAAGUUUUUUUCUUUGACGACAUAUGCACACCAGUCAUCCAAGCAGAUGUGUGUGUCUGUGUAGUGUCAGCUCCCGCUGCGUGUGAGACAAAUCAGUGAGCAGGGAGUCAGUGUUCAGUGGAGUUUGUGUAAAGUAACUUAGUGUACAGUCACAGAGUACAGCAGGCUGGGGAAUAACAUCAUUAACAUUAAGCUACUGAUACAUCUGCUCACAAAAGUUGGCAAACAUUUCCAAAGUUAUGAGACUUGAACAAAGAAGACUGUCCGAGUGAUAUCUUGUGGACUGUAAUGCAACAGAAAAACAAGACAGAUUGUAUGUGGAGUAUUCAGAUGCAUCUCUUUGGUCGUACAGGGUUUGGAUGGCUGUGUAAGCGCCCUAAAAACAUAAAUAAGGAGACAUGUCACCACCAAUAUAUUCAGCUUCACACCUGACUGAGAAAUUAGUUUUGAAACACAAACCUUUUAAUCCUGAUUAGACAAAGUAAGAAUAGAAGAACCACUGUCUUCACGUUGUUUGUUUUCAUGCUGAGAGGUGCAUGCAUAUUGCAUUGAUUUCCCAUUACAAUAGAAUCCAGUGCAUGACAUUAAGGAGUAAUAAGGAGGCUAAAUAAAGCAGCAGAACUUUUCUAAAAACUCCUGGUAACUUUUAAGUUAAUGAGAAGGAGGUCAUUUAAGGAAACUUUGAAACUUAAGUGAGCGCUCUGGCUGGUGUCUUAACAUCCAGGUGGUCUAACAUCUGCUGUAUAUGUUUGUGUUGCAGAUUUCAUCCAUAAGAUAACCGUGCAGGCGUCUCCAGGCUUGGAAAAGAGGCGCAACUCUCCUGAUUUGGGUUCAGGCUCCUCGCCCUCCUUCGGCCCACGUUUUCGUGCAAUCCAACGUGAGUGCAGGUUUUGUUUUUUUUCCUCGAGUUAACACGCACACACACAAAUGCUCAGGUAAAGAGGUAAACAGGUGCGUUCACAGUGUGUUUGUGUGAGCUUAGAGGGGCAUGUAGAAAACUGAAUAAUGCGGGAUCUCUUUUUCUGCAUGCACUCUCAGACUGUGUUGCAACAUUACUUCUUUCAUUUUCCAAAAUUCUCCCCUUUCAUGUGCUCCCAACCACCCACUCGUCUUUUUUGUCUUCCACCGUUUCCCCAUGGGCCCCCUCUCUCUCGCACUCUCUCUCUCUCCCUCCCUGCCUCUCUGCUUUCUCUCUCACACACACCCUUUUCCCUUUUACACAGUCUGCUCCAGUCCAAAUAUUAUCUGACUUCCUCUCAGCAGCUCAGCACUCCUCAGCAGCAUUUUUCCACUGCUCUUCGCCUGGAGUGUCCUUCUCGCUGCAGCAGGGGGCACCAUUGAGCUGCAUUUUCUAGGCAGAAAUACUCUCCAGUUUUAUAUGCAUGUAGCGGCUACAGUGCGGUUUGGUGAAUUAAAAAUAAGCAGGGAGGAAUUCAUUGCUCCAGGAGAAAGGUUUGAGAAGGGUUGCAGCAGCGGCAGAGAUUUACAAUACUCUCCUGCUUGUCAGGCUUUUAGACAAACGCCCUGAGAUUGUUUCCCUUUGGAGGGAAAUUGCUGCCUGUAGGUCAUGGAGUAGCUUAAUAAAACCCAAGAGGAAAUUUGUGGUGCAGCAGGAGGCCAUGAAAGGGAUUUUUAAAACAAUUACCAAUGGGUGUUGACAUGAAAGCGCAAAUUGCGGUGAAACAUUUAUCUGUUAAAGCGGUUAGUAAAUCUAAAACAUCUGCCAGCUUCAUUUACUCAUCAAACAGAGGGCUGCUUUUCCUUCACUUCCUAAUGACUUUCCUUAAUGGCAAUCACUAAGCCAUGAGGGUGUCUGCCAUUAAAAUCUGUUUAGUGGAUAUUUAUGCUUGCCCUCUCAGUACAAGCAGUGAUUUAUUGCUGGGCCCCCCAAACUUAUUUGUCUACCAGACAACUGCUGCAUUGAUGUGGAUCACUCCACAGAGUCUUUAGAAAGAGCAGUGUGCUGCAGAGUGGUCAUAUAUCAGGGAUUUAGUAUUUCAGUGUGCCAAAAUCUACCAAACUAGAUAACAAGAAACUUAGAUCAAUGAAUGCCCAAAGGACUUUUUACACUGGGAGUGUACAGUGAUAUUUUGUGAACUUAAAGCUCCUGUGAGGAGGUUUUUGAUGUCAGUAAAAUGGACUAAAAUUCUUGUUGUUGCCUUAACAUGAUCCACAAAAGCAUGCAAGACCACUUGUGUCACUCGUGACCAUUUUUAAGCUGUAGUUUUUAAUGCCCGAAUCUGGCAUGAGGGGGGCAGAUGAUAAUUGAGCAGCUGAGGAAAGAUUCAUGUUUUUAUAUUUUUACAUACAUUUUAAUGAUAAAUGACUUAUUUGAUUGUAAAAUGUCAGCAGGUUGAUAUUUGUUGUCAUAAGAUACUAUUGAAAUAUAUGAAUGACAAGCCGAGCAGUGUCUGCUUUGUCCACAGGAAGCACCAAAACUUAGUUUCUCACAGUAAUAAAUGUCAUUACCUCACAUAUUAUCAUCUGUUUCUGACUAUAUUUAAGUUUGGGAUUUAUCAUCAGCCCUGUGACUGAAACUUUUUUGGAGGGGUCAGCUCCUCAUUGAACUAUUGUCAUGCUUUUAUUUUGAUAUUUUUUCUAUCUUGGGUUUAGGUUCCUUUAUAGCCUUCAUUAUGCUUUUAUUUUGAAGGGUACUACUGCCAGUGGAUUAUACAUUAUAGAACUAAAUGAGAAAACGAUAAUAGUAUAAAUGUUCCGUUGAUAACUAACCUGACAGUGAUUUUGGAUUCAUAAAAAAUCUUGAACAGUGUGUUAUUAUUUAUCUGAGGGCUGUUACAGCUAGCUCCAUAGCAGUCUUUUUCUAUCAGCAGCUUUAUGACGUGUGGCAGCCAGUGUGCCAUUUGCUUAUUUUAAGCAUGAUAGAAAUAUUAAUUUUUUUUCAAAGGAUGAUUGACGUCAGUACCAGUGUACUGCAACAGACCUGGGUAGAACAUUGUGUUAAAAUGUUUAUAAACUACAAUUUAAUGGUCUGCAAACAUUACAAGCCAAUUUUUUUUUAAUUGAAAAUUAUGCAAAAGAACAUGUUAAAUGUUACAACUAAAAGGUGUUACUCUUUUACAGAAACUAUAUGCUUGUAGCUCAUUUCCAAAAAGUUGAAACAGAUGCAUCUUUCCUGUUAUGUUGCAUCACUAUGGAGCAGAUUCUGUCUGCAGAGGCUACAGGAGAAACUCGAGAAUGAGCUGCAGAGCAUUAAAAAAACAUGCUUCCAAAGAUCGCUUCAGCUGUGUGCUUAUCUGGUGUCUUGUGAUCCCCGAGGGCUGUGCAUGAAACUUGAACGACAACAAUCAAUUUAUCACAAUCUGAUAGUUAUUAGUAAAUUAUACUGGCCGUGAGACUGAAAGUUUUAAUUAGCCUACUUGAGAGGUAAUUUUGCACAUAAAAUUGAUUGUGACUCAGUGCACAGUGAUGACAGUAAUAUAGCCAGUUACUGAAAAGAGAAACUCUAUGUGCUGUGGUUGUAUCCUGUCUCAGCACUCCGUGGAUAAUGUUACCCUCCUUAUUCUCUAUCUGGGGACAACAUUUGUCAUUUUCAUGGUGCCUCUCUUCUCCUUCUGGAUGUCAUUCUGUCUAGACUACCUGAAGCUUGGAUGUCUGUGCAUGCACAUACUUGCGUGAUGAAGCGAAUACUCGCUGUUUUGGCCUUGCAUGCAGCACAGCGAGGACUGGCUGUGCCGGCUGGUUAGUCCUCCGCUUUGAUCCAGACUGAAAAAUCUCACCAAUUUUUCUGUGAUUUAGGAUGAAAUUUGGUACAGAUAACCACGGUCCCUUAGAGGAGGAAUAAUUUAAAGUUAAGGUGAUCCUCUGAACUUUUUCACACUGUGACCAUCAGUUUAAAUUCCUCAUGUAUCCAGUUAAAUAUUUCAACUUUUACCUGGAGGAUUGGAGUAAAAUUGGGCACAGAUAUUUAUGUAGCCCCUCAGGAUGAACUUUAAUAACUCUGUGUUAUAUUUUUAAUGUAGGGUCAUCUUCAAGUCACUGUUCUGAUUUAUGGCUUAAAACCUGCAACACUACUCAUUUCUUAAUCAGCCUCAGCCGUACUGGGUAGGGGUGUCCCGAUACGAUAUUGAUAUAGAAUAUUGGUGUGAUAUCAGCAAAAAAAGGAAUAUCAGAUUAUGUCUGCCGGCAUCUAAAAUCUCUGAUAUUAGCACUCCGAUACAAGAAGUCCAUUCCAGACACCACUCCAGCACCUCUAUCUAGCAGCACCCUGAUCCAGCAAGCUGAGCCCACAAAAUCACAACAACAGUUUGUACUAAGGUACUAACAAAGUAGCAAGGAGUAAGAGUGAUGUUGGCCUAGUUGCAGUAUAUUUGUUUAAGUCAAUAUUGAAGAAUACAUCAGUAUCAUAUCGGAAGUCAAAAAGUUGUAUCAGGACACCCCUAGUGCUGGGUGUGAGGUACAAUCAAACGAAUGCUGUUCAACAUAUAUGAAAAACCUAUGGUGUAAAAAUCUUAACAGUACUUUAUAGAGAUCAGCUUCAAAAUGCUUUGAAGCAGCUGUUGUUUCCUGGAUUGCAGGACAGGAUUAGGAUGAGAUUAAAGUUUUCCCACAGUUUCUCUUAUUGCAGAGUGAUUUGAUCAGACAAGCGUAUUCAGGCUGUCCUUGGCAUCACUUUUGUUAUCUGGUUUUGACCAAUCAGAAUCAAGUAUUUGGGUAUUUAAUUGGGGUAAUAUAACUUCACUAGAAGUGGGAAUGAAAUGCCAUUUCCAGAUCAAAACUGGUUUCCAGUAGUUUAAGCCAUCAGCGCCAUUUUCUUUUAAGCAUAAUGGUUCUUUAAUCGAUGCCUUCCUCUUAGUUCUGCACGCCCUGUGACUUAAUGAUGUGAGAUAACGCAAGAGACUGUUAGCGUGAAUGACAAUUAAGCAAGUGAACAUAGUGGGAAGAAGACAGGAGCGAUCCAAAACACUGUCAUAUACAAGACCAGCUUUGAAAAGUAGAAUAUACAGUAACCAACUUGAUGUAAAAUCCACUCGCUUCGUGAGACCGGCAGUUUUUCUUCAUCAGUCAGCAACAGCAGUGUGUUUUCAGGGUCUGUCUGGAUCCAAACCAACUAAAAAGGAAGUAAUCUGUGAUGAUUUAUGCUUUAAAGAAGUGAUAUUUCUUUUGUUAGCUGACUCUGCAAAUGGAAAGCUGCCAUAUUUGUCAUAGUUUAUCAACCAAUUACAAGCUUUAUCUAUGAUCAGCUGACCUUUAAAGAAGCCAGGCUCCCUUGUUUUAGCAGAGUAAAGUAAAUACAACUAAUCAUAAACUAUAUAUCAUAAGCACUAAACCUGUACAGGCUGAUUUUCUCCACACUGAAAAUCUAUAGAAGAUAUUAGAUGGAUAAGCAGAACCGAUCAUGGCAUUGGUAUCAAUAGAAUCCUGUAUUUUUUCUUCCCCACUCUUCAAUGACACAGGAAAUACUAUGUUGCCAAAUCUAGAUCUAGUGCAGCAAUAUAUGCAGUAAUAAUAGAUGUCACCACCAUGAAGAUAUACUCUUAAAACAUCCUUGAUUUAUUGUGACAAAGAAGACAUGGCUUUCAUUAUACUGGAGAAUUUACAGAUCAUGAUGCAAUAGCAGCGCUGACACCAUCACCUGACUUUUGCGCUUUCUCUGAAAACACCGUGUGGGUGAUCUGAGUCAGAAAUCUUUCGUGCAGAAGAAAGAAAACAUCACAUCUAUUCAGAAACGUGUUAAACUUCACACGUCCCCCAAGCUGAAAUGAAAUGACAUGAACAGAAGAAUUACGAAGGAGAAGCUGAAACAGAAGUUUACUCGGUGUUAUUUGCAGUGUGUUAAAUCUGUGUCCCUUUGGACCAACAUGUCAGGUGUCGUGUUAUGGCAGAAAACCUCAGCAGGGUUGGAAUUGUGUGAAUGAAAACUUUAACAGCGUUUACUCACGCUUUGUUAGCAGUCAGUGAUGGAAGUCGUUGGACGGGAUAGGGUGUCGGAGCCUGAAGUGUGCUUGCUGGAGGUGAAAUCUUUUCUUUAAAUAGCACUCUGAACUUUUUCUCAUCUUGUCCUCUGGGUGACUUUAUUUGCUUUUUCCCCACCCUCUGCUCUGUGAGACUUUCUGGUGUGAUGCAGCUCGGCUGUAUCAACAGAGAGUUUCGUUGCUACUUUCACUUGAGCAUAUUGGGAAAAAGUGGAAAAAGCAGUGCAUCUUCUUAAACAUUUAAAUGUGAGUAGUGAGUAGGUCUCUCCUGAGAAUGACCAGAGACAACCAAUUUAACUCUUUUCACUUAACAUUUUUGACACUUGGACGAUAGCAGCGUUUUGUAUCUGUUACUCGAGGGCAGGCGCAGACCUAAAUUCGCGUCUUCCUUGACCCUGGAGUCAGAGUUUGGUUUUGUACCCCCCUCUGACUCGAAACCCUCCUUCUUCAGGCAGUCUAAGAGUGUAAACACAAGCAUUUUCCCCAGUGCUUGGAGCCUUAAGUGUGGGCCCCAUAACUGAGCAAACUGGCUAUCACGAAUCUUUAAAAGUGCAGAGAUCAAAUGUGAUCCGAUUUCAUUAUAAUGUCAUAAUUUGUGUUUUUGUUGAGCAGUCAGUUAGCUCAAGCUCCCAGUAACCCACUGAUGAAGACCUGAUAGCUCUGUGGGGUCAUGUCAGAGCACAUGUGCACACUUGGAGGAUAUUGUGUGUUUUCUGUUUUGAUAAUGGUUAUUUCACAUAUUUCCAUCCAUACAACUCCUUCAUCUUUGGUGCACAAGAUUAAGCUUGGUAAGACAAAUAAAUUCAGCCCCCGGUGUUUGGCGCAGCAUUGAUUUACUGGUAAAACCUGCCCUUAAUGAAUGCUCAUACAGCUAAGCACUGAGCAUACUGAUGACGUGUGUGCUGAUAUUAAACCCGUCUUCUUUUUCUUCUUUUUUCCUUUGCAGUCAGCCCCAGUGACAACAGCAGGACGUUUGGCCUGAGCUCAGUAUGGCCCCUAGAGGGCCCUAAUCUUAAACAACCCAAUGGAGACCUGAGAUUGUGCCCCCAUUGGAGGCCGCAGAGCCCAAAAAGUCCCAAAAGCCCGAAAGUCCUUCGUCUAAGCCCCCAGGAAAGCAGGUACAGCAGAUCCUCAUUUUCUCCUUGAUAUAAAAACAAUAAAGGAUUUGAUCGUACCUACAACUCCAGUUACAGGAGUGUGAGGAUGCUGUGUAAAGUGUUGAUGAAAACAUAAUUUUGGUGGUUUUCAAAUCAUUUAAAGUCAAUAUGUAAUAGAAAAAAGGAAAAAUCAGCAGAUCAGAUUGUAAAACUGGGAAAUGUUGUGGUUUUGUGAAAAUGUUUAAUGCCAAAAUCCCUUUUACGAACCAAAAAGGCAUGAAUCUGUAGUGAAAAUCAUGGCAUGGGUUCAAAAUUGCAUAAAGCAGCAAUAAGGUGUAAAUUAUGAUUUGUUGUCUUUGCACUUUCUUCAGUUAAAAGUUAAAGAUUUACAAGCUCUCGAAGUCUGUCUUUAUUUACAUUUUACACAGAAACCCAGCUCUGAUAGAAGCAGUUCAAUGGUUCUUUAAUUUCUCUGUUUUCAGUCUGUCCAUGAGGGCGAAGCUCCUGGAGUCAGACAGCAAUGAGAACGGGGACUCUAAGGAUGACUUUGAGGAGUACAGACCCUCCACACCUCCUCCCUCUGCUGCUCAGAACGGUACGGUGCUGCCCUCCAUCAGCAGCCUAACUGCCAGCUGCAUAUCUUCCAUUAGCGGCUGUUAGGAUUCACACUGACAAGAGUGUGAAUUAUAAAUAAAAGCUGAAUGAAUAUUUAAUGCUGCCUCUCUUUCUCUGUCUCUUUAAAACUUAAAAAAAGCACAUUUUACUGUCUUUGCAGGCUCUUUAGUGAAGGACAGCCUGCAGCUUCCUCUACCUCACAGAGACUCCAGCAGCGAGGAGGGGGGGUCCUCUCCAGCUGGCUCCCCCAGGCCUGAGAGGGGCUCUCUGGGCGGCCUGGUCAAGACCACUCACCGGGCCUUGCUGGGCGGUGGAUCUCUCCUAGCAUCUGUAGGACUAGGACGCUGUCUGGAUAUUCCCCCACGGGUGCCCCCGAGAACUAACCCCUCCUCCUUAGGGGACCGCACCCCCUCUGAACCUGAGAUCUCUGCCCCUAAGCCCCUCAUUUCGGACCCACCUGUUGUGGAUGAUCUCAUCACUUUCUCCACCUCUGAGCAGCUCCCCAGACCGCUCUUGGAUUUAGCCCUGCAGUACCAAGAACUCAAGCCGCUGCCCCUGACCCCCCCUCCGCCCAACCCUCGUGAGAGAAGCGGCCAUCGGACGCCACAGAUGCCGCAAAGCCCACAGACCCCCAGGACUCCCCUGCAACAUGGAGGCGCCAGCCCGGGGGAGUGGACCCCGAGUUCUAGCUCGUCAAACGGGGAGCUGGGGUGUGAGGCUUGGGAGCACAGAGCUGAGAGGAGGAGGAGGUCCAGCCAAGGCCUACACGCCUCACAGCUGGGUCAGUGUGACUCCAUAUUUUUAAAUGUUAAAGGGUCAAAACACCAAUUUUAAAGGCUAAAGCCAGUUCAGGGGACGCUGAGGGAGUAAACACACUUCUUAAUAAACUCCGGGUCACUAACUCCGGCUAUGACAUGUUUUUCUGCUGGGUGUUGUGGAACAAGCAAAAGUUUAUCAUGGGAACUGAAGAAGUCCAGUUUUUGGAGGAAGCUUGGGGUAGAGUGAAGCUACUAAAAGCUUUUAACCCCAACAAGCCUCAUAUCUAAAAUAUCCAACCUUACAGCAGCUUUAAAAAUGUGAACAGCCUUUGCAACAUGGUAAAAUAAUAGUAAGACCUGCAUUGUAGAACAAGGCUCAAUUAUCUCUUCGAGAUCUGCUCCUGCUAGCUUGCUGGCUGCUGCUACUUCUACUACUAUUAUAUAUAUUCUAUAAGACAGCAGAUAUCCAGGUCUGUGCUCUCUGCACCUGGCUUGUUAGCAGCCUCUGUGGUCAUUAUACACUAGGGCUGUCCUGAUUCGAUAUUGAAAUCGAAUAUCCGAUAUUAACAAAAAAUCAAACAUUGGAUUAUAUCAGCCUGCAUCUAAAAUCUCUGAUAUCAGCACUCCAUUACAAGCAGUCCUUUCCAGUCUCCGCUCCAGCGCCUCUAUCUAGCAGCACCCGGAUCCAGCAGGUAGAGCCAAUGUGAUCACAACAACAGUGUGUACUAAGGUACGAACAAAGUACCAAGGAGUAAGAGUGAUGUUGGCCUUGUGGCAGUAUUUUUUGUUUAAGUCCAAAAAAGACAUUGCAGCUGAGUGAAAAAGCCAAUAUCGGAUCAAUAUCAGUAUUGGUCAAUAUUGAAGGCUACAAUAUCAGUAUUGUAUCGGAGGUAAAAAAGUUGCAUCAGGACACCCCUAUUAUAAACAGGUUUAUUUUUUGACAGCCUGAGCACCGUAGUUAGCAUAAAGGACAGCUGAGAAUAUUUCUGAUUCAAAAUCACCCUUUGAGUUCAGCAUCUUCUCACUCUCUUGUUUACAUAUUGUAUGUCAGAUCAAACAGUGAAUUAGCUCAAAUCUGCUGGCACUUUCUGCCUUUAUAGUCCUGUUGUACUUAUUUUGCUAUGAGCAUAUGCUUUUUAACUCAAAUGACUUGUUGUCCUGUUGCCUCUCUCCAGAGCCAACCUGUAGUUUAGGAAAAACUCUGAAUUUUAAAAGCUGAAAUGCAAAGUUUGAAGCUUUAUAGCUGUAGUCGGUAACAUGUUGGUUGAAAUUAUGGUUGCUUUAUUAGCUUUCAAUUAAAAGUCUAUGAGCCAGACUGAAAAAGAAGCUAGAACUCAGAUAAUUGAGGCAUCUGCUGAUUUUCUUUUGAACACUUUUGAAUGUUUUUAAAUCAUCUGUCUAUUGCAAACCUCCCAGCGUUAUAAAAGAGUCCAGCUAAAUCCCUGUGGUGCCACUUUAAAUUAUAGUCUCCUCUCCAGAUUGGAUCCAUGAUUCUGUUUUUGUUUUAUCCGCGUGAUUCAUCCACGUUUCCUCAAGAGCACCGAGCAUGUUUGAGAAAGGCCUCAUGCUGAAUUUGGAUCCAGCGUUUCCCCUGAAUAAUGCAGCACCUCAGCAUGGCAACGUUCCCCCCUCACAGUUCCUGCUCAUUUUUUAUUAUGCCUCUUUUUAGGCAAGAUCUCUCAAACACAAGGGAAGCUUCAAUGCAGCACAAGCCUUUUUCAUUGACAUCAAAGCUUGUCUGCAGCUAUUUGCAUAUCUCAGGUAACAGCUGGCCCUCUGUAUUUCUCUGCUAAUUCUUGCUAAGCAAAGCUAGCAUCCAAUCUUCUGUUGUUCUCUCUCUUUCAAGUCACUUUUCAGUUUUUCUUUAAUUGCAAAGUUGAAUGCAAAGCAGUCAGCAGCUCAGCUGAAGUCGCACUCAGAUGGAGGUUGCUUUAUUUAAAAUUGCUACCACAUGAUUUUGAGUGGUUGUCAACUAAAAGGUUGCUCAUCAACUACUCUGGCCACUGUCUAAUACACAAUUAUCCUAAUUCAAAAUAAUGUUUUCUGUGGUGGUUCUAAUUGACCUAAGGAGACGCCACUGGAAAUGUAGCAGAACCAGAUGAUCCAAUUAGUUCAAUUGGUUCAUUUAGAGAGACUGAAAAGUUUCAUUAUUUUAUAAAAAUAUGUCAGCAAUGUGUUUUUUAAAAAUCGUUGGGAAAUCGGCAUGUUCACUAGCUCUUCUUUUUACAACUUUCUGUUCAGAUUUGGUAUCUGAGGAGAUUCGUUUCAAGAAAGGAGACAGCAAAGCAGCAACAAGCUGAAAUGGUGCAUAUCGCCACCUACAGUAGCAGAAGAGUACAUACUGAAUUUAAUAAAUCGAUUCAUGCCUGGUAUGAGCAAAUCGCACCGCACAGCCGUCCAGUUAAGUUGCCUGAUGGAGGAAUAACCAUGUCCCGAACACGUAUGCAUCCCCAUCCACCAUCACAGAUUCUGGCUUUGAACUGUGCGCUGAUCCCAAGUCCACCUUUUCCAAGAAGAAUGUCAAUAUUAGAUUUGCCAGAAUAUGAAAAAAUAGUCUAGGUCCUUAUCCAAACAAUAUUGCAACUAAACAUGAGGCAUCAAUGAUUUCCAAAAAGAAUGUCAGAUUUAGAUUUUUCCUACCUUAGAAAAGUUUGCCGCUUUGACUCAGUCCAUCUAAACAAGCUUGGGCCCAGAGAAGUAAUUUGCUUUUGGAUUAUGUAACGUGGUUUCCUUUGUUUAUGUUUCAGUUUAGUGUGGAUACAGCAAAACAAAAAUGAAGGUUUUUGGAGGUGAUUUUUUGCUCCUACAAUGAUUUCCACUGAAAAGUCCUGUCUGUUUUUAAUGCAGUGUUAACAUAGACUGUAUACACUUUGAACAACUUGGCUCCGCCUUCCGUCAUUAUACGAAUUUCAAGCCAAAAUGCUCUCGGUAUAUCCAGGAUUUUCUCCACUUCCUAGAACCACCCCUUGCGCAGUAGCAUUAUACGCAUUCGGUGGGAGAGUCACUGAGAGUCGCUGUGAUAAUGCUUGGCUCAAACAGCUUAUCCCUGGAUGAGCUAUGCAAUCUCUGUAUGCUUAAAGGCUGUAUCAAGUGUCAAUCAUAGAAAACAUGAACCCCCUAAUAACUUUUAAAAUGGAGCUGCACAGAAAAAAAGAGGAGUUGAGCACAAAUCACUCUUACAGUAACUACAUGUCAACAUCACAAGCAGGGUGGAGAAAAAUUUAUAUUGUGUAAUUAAUUUUGAAAGUUUGUCAUCAGCUUUAUAGGGAUUGCUGGAAGAGGCAGGAUUUAUGAUCUGUACUGUAGCCUGUCACCAGAGGGUGCUGUUCUCACUGUGGUUUCACCCAGCGAGGAGGCAGACGGCGUCCAUUCUUUAUACAGUCUAUGUGUAUUACCUGAGAAUGCAAAAUUGAGGCCAUCCAGUGUUGGUUUUGGGCCUUUUCUCUUUUUAUGCAGAGAUUUUUCCAGAUUUUUAAUCAUUUAUUGUGUUGUUAAUGAUGAAAUCCUCAAAUUUUCUGCAUUUUUUACGCUGGUAAACAUCAAUUUAACUUGUUGCAAACAAGCUUAUUAGUUGAGUGAUAGUCCUACAAGAGCAACCCUCUGCUAAGGACUGAGAACUGAGAAGUGAGAACUUCUGCAAGAAAAUGGUUUUCACAUCCGCACUAUAUAAAUCUGCAAGAGCAUUCAUGAGGGAGAUAUCUGCGUCAUUACUGACAUAUAUUUGAUUGUAAAAGCCCUCAUUGGAAUUCAAGAGCUGCUUAAGAUGCAUCCCUAUAUACCAUGUGUAAAGAAACACACCAGACAUGAUGAAAGAGGGAUUAGCAUUCAUUUCCUUUCUAUAUUUAUGUAUUAAAAUCUGCUGUUUUUAGUCCUCGGGGGAACACAUUCAUACGUUUGUGUUAAAUCAUGUAAGUGCCAUGCUAGCAGACAUGAUCUGCAUAUCAGUAACACUCUGAUUUACACUACAUUCACAUGGUUUUCUUGGAGGCACUGACUCAGUUUGGAGCUGUAAUGAAGGAGGCGUUGGUAUUGGUUGUUUGAAGAGCAAGCGGGCUUUGUGGAGGGCUUUAAUGGUCCCCCUUGGUAACAUUUCACACUCUAUAUCUGGUUCGUUUGACUCACAAAGCCCCGGAUUCUCCACAGAGAGUUUCUCACGGCUUUGCCUGCAGGUACAGAGAAGACAUGCAUCGCCUGCUUCUGCUGCUUACAGUGAUAAUCUCACAAACCACAUGUGUUGAUUACACCGGUGCACACAGAGGCAAAAAGCCCUCAUGUAAUUAAAGCAUGUGUUUAGCUGAACAUCUUUUUAUGUUUAUUGAGUGUAAUGACAUGGACUUGGGUGUUGCAUCGACACUCAGAAUGCCACAAGGAUGCUGGCGGUGAAUGGGAGCUUGAAAGAGCGAGAUAAAUGCCAAGGCUGCCUGCUCUGGUGUUUCUCGUCUGCUCUCAUGUGACUCCUGAUUGCUCUUUCGUGUCAGCUAAAAAGCUGUGCGGCCUCGGAGAGUUGCAGUUGAUGUAAAUAAUGCCAUUUGGCAGACACAUCACAUUUGGAAGAAGCAAAUGUUCAUUCAGGCUGAUUUAUUCAGAGUUUAAUUUCUGUUUGCUGCUGUAGCAGCUUUGUCAAUAAAGUCACACACGGAGAAGUUGUGCUUAAUUUGUACUAAUUGUAUCAGCAUUAUGUGAGUUUGUUUUCCAGCAGUCAUGUACCACUCUCAUGUUCCCAUUAGGAGCAGUUUAUUCCGACAGGUUAAGGUGUUUUGCGGGAUAUUAGACAGCAAAUGUUCGUGAGUGCGGAGAGGAUCUCAUAAAAGAGCAGCAGGGCACCAGCAGAGCAGUUUGAGAGUAAUUUGAAGAUAAGCAAUUAAAGCUAAACAAGAAAGUGAAAGGAAGGAUGAUGAAGAGGUUUAAUAUGUUGAAUAUUCAGCCUCUCAGCUGCUGCGUGACUUUGUUUGAAGGAGGAGGACUCCACUUUGGUUGCUUUUAUUUAAAAAUGUUUGCUCACUUAUUCUAAUGAAUAUUACCCGGCAUGUGCAGCAGUGGUUUAAUCCAAGCUUUGGCUCUGGACUUGGGUUAUAAAAUCCCCCGCUUAUGUCAUUGUGGUGUAAAAGGGUCACCCUUAAGGAUGUAGACAUCACCUGUUGAUUGCUAAUGAAGCCAAACGACUGUCGCCAUGCUGACUUGUUCUAGCUUUUGGUCAAAUUUGAUUUAUGCAAAGAGGUGGAGCUUAGGCGACCCUUUAGUAUGAAAGAGGAUUAGGCCACAAGAAGAGAAAAAAAUGAUUACAGGAGGGAUAGUUUUUAAAUUUCCAUUUCGAGAUUAAAGUUGAAAUUUAGGAAACUCAAAAUUUCAACUUUAUUCAUGGCAACUUUAGUCUUGAAAUUUUGUCUUUAAUCUCAAAAUUUUCACAUUUUGUUAUCUCCAAAUUCGACUUUUAUCUUGAAAUUUCAACAUUUUGUAAUCUUGAAAUUCCGACUUUAUUGACAUAAUUUCGAUUUUUUUAAUUUCAAAAUUUCGACUUUAAUCUCCUUCCUGUAAUUAUUUUUUUCUCUUCAUGUGGCCCUAACUCCCUUUCGUACUUCAGCCUUCUGACUAACAACUGCAACACAACCACCUGUCAGUCAUCUUAGCCACGCCCCUCACUAUGCAAAUCUUUGCAUAUGUUUUAGUCUGUGGAUUCCAACUUCAAUUUGCAAAUGGUAUUUGUUAAUUAUAUGCACUGCUCAGAUGGCAGGAUAGCAGUGUUUGUCUGCUUUGCACUGUAAGGGUUGAUUACAUCGUUGCAGGAAAACUUCAGCUUGACUAAUUUGCAGCUCUGCACAGUCAAAAAAAAAAAAGAAACAAGUUUGCAAGGUGCUGCUGGCCUAGCCUAGCACUCAUCUAUGGAAGUUAAGCCUCACAUGGAUGGCUUGGGUUUGCUUCUAGCCUGAUUCUUCUUUCCAGGCCAAAAAACAAAACAAAACACUGAUUCUGGUUGCUGAACAUUUUAGAAACAACAAGGAGAGUUGUGGGGUAACAGUAAUUUCAACAAAAAGCCUCAAACUAUACCUAAAGUCUUCAUAUGCUGUUUUAUUUUGAAGCUCUUCAAAGUUAAAGAUGUGGAAAAAUCAACCUGCUUUAAUGUUUUUAUUUCUCUCUCUUUCUUUUUUUUCCAGUUUUGGAUCUUCCUCUGUGUCAAGACACACAGGACCCUGAUGACAAACCUUCAGUACCCUUCACCCUUCACCCUAACCCUGCCCUCUGGAGCCCCAAAACCCGCCGCCUGGAGGUGAGCGUCAUCCCCCGUCCCCGCCCCUCUCCUAUCCGCCCCAGAAUCGACCCCUGGAGCUUCAUCUCAGCCGGCGGCGGGAACUCAGGAGGCGCCCGCAGCCCAAACCGCUCGGACAGCAACCUCCUGGGUUUCCAUCCCUCCCCUACAAACCCGUUCCACAACUGUGACCCUUUCCCCUCACCAGACUGCGACCCUUUCACCCUCAAGGCCGACCCCUCCAGUGGCUCGGACACGGCUUCACCCUUUGACCCCUUCUCGGCUCCAUUUCCCACUUCACGCUCUGCGCCAUGCUCCACUAACGGCUCGCCCACGCUGCCCUCGUUCCGUAUCGCCCCCCUGAACCCUGCUGACUCCCCGCUCAUAGACCUGGGCUGGGCGGCCUGCAGCAAACCCGUGGACGGCACCAAAGAGAGGGUUCACCCCCGCAGGACACUGGGGCUCAAACCCUUUAAAUCCCCAACGCAACUCAGAGACGACCGGUUCUAAACAUGUGGUUUUAUCACAGGAACACAGUCCAGGAUGCUUUCCACUACGCGUCCUCCAUCUGAAUGAGGAUCUAAACCAUCACUCAACCCGCUGAGAGGGUUUUCUCAAUCAUUGCAGGUCCUGUUUGCCGCCACCCUGCUGCUUUGGAAAGCCAGCUAAAGGUGGUACAUUGGAUCGUGGGAUAUCUGCCUUUGAACCAAUAGCGGGUGCCGAUUUCAUUCUCCCUCUCUAUCUCUGUUUCUGUGUCGCUUUGAAGGAGCAGAACACAGAUCAGUCGUUCCAUCUCCAGAUUUUAUCUGGGCGCUCGUAUCCUCUGCUUUCAUCUCCCCCUACCUUUGAAGCAUUGCGACAAUGCAGAGGUGGAUAAGGCGACUUGCACAGCUUCAUCCGCCUCUACCUCUGCAGACUGACAUCAUUGAGGACAAUGGAGAAUUGGGGUGUCUUAUUUAGUGAAGUGUCUAAAAUCUGCCUUCUCAAGGUUCCUUGAGAAGGAGGUAAGUUUCUCAGAAUUCGGCCUUUCAUUAAAAAAUCAGCCUUGCAUUUUCAUGGAAGAAAAUGAUGUCGAGGGCAUGCAUGCAGACUUUUUCAAGGAGAGCUUUCCAGACAGCAACAGCCUGUUGCAUUAUGGGAGAAAGCACCAGAGUGGAUAGAUUCCAGGCCUGUUGGUGAAAUCCAAGUCAAAACCAUGACCCAGGCAUUCCACUUGGAAGCAGAUAACAUUCCAGUCACAUUCCCCGGGAAAUGCCAGGGACUGGACAGAUCAUUGGGUUGGCAGGCGGCACAGCACGGGAAACAAGACCGGGGGAGCCCUCUGCAUUCCCUUCCAAUGCCAAAGAAUGUGACAGUGUAAGGGGUGGGACAAAGAGUGUUUGCAAAUCAUUUGUUUUUUACCUCCACGGAGCGCUGGACGAGUGGGUUCGCCGGCACAGAGAGAGAGAGAGAGAUUAACAGAUAGUGUUUAACAACAACUCGCCUGUGGUUAUCGUCUUCUAUAGCAUCCUCACUGUCUUAUCAGGUUGAGCAAAUACGCUCAAGUAUUUGCAAAUUCUUUGACAUGUCUGGAAACACUGAAUACUUUAGAGCUGGGGUGCUUUUGAAGCUUUGCAAAACCUGCCUGCAUCAGUACAGCAUCACCCCCCCUGCAGCCAGCUGUUAUUUCUCCCCUUUUUCAAACCUUUAAUCAUGGAAGAUGUUGUAGUUUAUUUUUGAUUUAGCUACAUUCAUGUGAGGUGGAAGAAUUAAAAAGCAAAAGUGGGGCAGUUUACAAAGGUUGGAUAACAGGGACUAAGACCAUAGACACUGGGUCAGCUUAGCAGAGGGAAACAGCUAACCUGGCUCCAUCCAAGGUGACAAAAACAAUCGAUAUAGGCUCUGGGUUCUUUAAGGCAUAAAAGCCCACUUUCCUCUGAUUGGUCGGACUCCACCAGUUGGUAUCAGAUGUAGCAGAGGAACACUAAGAAGCCUGGCAGAAAAAGCCCAGGUUUUUAACUAACAGGGUUUUUUUUUUACAUUUACAUCACUUUUAAAACUUCAGAAUAUGAACAAUCAACAAUUAUUUUACACUUUAAGGCUUUUUUGAAGUUAAAAUGUUGCUUUAUGUGGUGUUAAUGUGUCGAUCAGACAACAAAUUUUGCUAAAUGACUUGUUCAAAAACUCACACAAGAAUCACGCUGAAGUCACUCGAGACCUGCUCCUCAAAAGACCGAAGUAAAAGUAACACUGCCAAACAGACGCGUUCUGCUCGGUUCGUUAUUACUUGGGAUUUUUUUUUUGUCGUUUUCUAAACUUUUCAGAUCAGCUCAGAAAACUUAUGGUCAAGUUCCAAAAUUCAGGGUGACCAUACGUCCGCUUUUAGCUGGACAUAUCCUUUUUUGAGGGGCUGUCCAGCCUGUCCAGCCUUGUCCACGGGAGUUUGUAAAAUCCCUCAAAUAUCUAUAGUUUUGUAUGGAAGUUUUGAGUUUGUGUCGCGUGGACUAACUGAGUUAGAAGUGGGUAAAAAACACUCCACCCGACCAGAAAAACUCUUAAAAUUUACUACCCAUGACUCUGAAUAGAGAAUUGUGACUUUGUAGCAUGGCAACAGCGGAGGAGGCUUCUGGAGUGUGGAGUGUCUUAAUGAGACAGUAGCUGAAAUCAAGUGUUACAGACAGAGGCCUCUAAUCCACCGCAGUUAAUGGGUUAGUUACCUUUGACAGAGCCAGAUUAGCUGUUGGUGCUAUGCUAAGGGGUUAGCUUAAAAAUUACACACUUAUUCAGACCAAAGCUAACUCGAACAUGUAAAUGUGGGCUGGUUUUGCAAGGUGAGAAUUAUAGAGCUCCUAACUCAUUUAAUUUCACAUUUCUGUCUUUUUCUUUCUUUUUUGUGCAGAAAAUCCAUCCUGAAUCAUUUUAACAUUGCUAGAGAGGAGUGGCAACAUCCUGCUAAAUCAUAAGAUUAAUCAAAGGCAGAAAAAGCAGAUGAAUUAAAAAUUAAGCAGGCAUACUGAGAAAAAACUUAAUUUUUAAGGCAAUAGAAAGAACAAAAACAGCAGCAAGGUUCAAAAUGUAACAAUUACAGAGGGGAAACUGAGUCUGAAAUGCUGAAAUUAUAAGAUGUGUUCAGAUUAUAACAACAAGGCAGCGAUCAUUUGAUUCUAAAGUGGCUUAAAUUGAAGAAAUCUCAGAAGUAUUGAAAAGUUGCUCACUGUUAAAUAUUAGCUUAAAGGUUUUUGUUUUGGGGAAAUGUGAGGUUGUGAGGCACUUUUCUGUGAUAUUAUUGAGGUUUAACAGGUGAACGAUUGAAGGCUGAAUUUUAACAAUGCAAUCAUCUGGUUCUUGAGCAUGUUCUCCUUUAACACGCUUUGUUUUGGUCAAGCACGUGAGCACCUGAGAGAGAGCCACUUACUCGCGGCACAAACUCACCCGUCGCCCUGGUCUCUGCUGGAGCGUUACGCUGUACAAAUACUGAUUGGGUUCAUCUCUGACACCGUGUCAUUGGGAGACAAUAACAGCUUUAUUCAGACGGAGAGUGAAAGCCCUGUCUCCGAAGGGGAAAGCUUUGUGAUUAGCCUAAUAAUCCUAAAGACGAACAGAGCCGGCUGAUAGUGAUAAUUAGCCUCUUGAUAAGAGCAGGAAGCAUUAACAAAGCCUUCAGAUAUUUGCUUAAUUAAUUUGCCCAGACAUUGAGGAAAAAACGCCCCGCGUCCUCCUCUGAAGGUGUAUCGAGCUGCUUCCUUCACUGGCUUACGUCUUGAUUUAAGCCGUUUUUAUGCACAAACUUUCAAAGACAGGUUGAGCCGUCUCUUUUCCCUUUCAUGCCUUUUUUUUCUCUCCCUCUCUGUUGCCGCUCUCACUCGGCUGCUGACCGGAUGAAAUCUCACCUUUUUCUCCAUCCUCCCCCCUCAGGUGAUGUGGGAGGUUUUCAUUCGCUCUUUCUUUUUCUUCUGCCUCCUACUCCUUUGCUUCCUGCUCCUCUGGAAAGUUUUCUUGAGGGCAGUUCUGUCCUGACACUGUGGAGCCUUCGGUUCAGCAACAGCCAGGUUUCUACCUUGUUAGAAAAAGUCAAUAAUGGCAGAGGACAGGGUCUUUCUACUGAGGCAAUCACAUUUUAAUUGUAACAUGAGCCUUGUGUAUUUCUACUGCACUUGUUAAUCAUCCUUUAGACCUCUGUGUAAUAUUCCUAGGUGCUUGAAAAGGGUUCAGAGGGCUUCCAACCAACCUUGCACUAAUGUGUUGAUCACCACAUCUUUAGCAAUUUCACCCACUCAGCACGGCUCCAGGAACAAACAGGGUUACGAGCUGAAAAGCCAGAGAGUGCAAAAAGCUUUGAAGACAAUUCCACAAAAGUGGCUAAAAUGUGUACAGACAAGUUCUUGGUUUUGAUUUCUGCUCAAUGAACACUGUGAAACUUGAAGAUAGUUCUAUAUUUUUUUUAGGUUUGUUAUCCCCCUUAUUUAAAUGUCUGGGUUCUUAAUUUGUAAAAACCACCAAGAGCUUUACUGUGUUUCAUCUUUUAUUUUACAUUCAGUUAAAUCAGCCCUCACAGCAGGCAGAGAUAUCCUUGAAGUCAGAUGAAGCUAAAGUGAACCAUUACCAGAGAGCUCAGGAGCCUUAUCAGGGAUUAAUUUCCCGAGUACAAAAGCACCAGUGCUUACAUUUGUCCGAUGGCUACAGUGAGCAUAAGCAUCAGAGGAUCAGUGUUGUAAUUUUGCAAUUAAAAUCAAAGAACGCUUUAAUUUUGAAACAUCAUUUUAAGCUUUAUUGCCCAAUUAUAUCCUGAGGGUUUCUAAAGUCAGGGUUAGGAUCAUGUCUCAAUCCUCUGUGUCUGAAAUACAGGAAUUCUGUGAAUCUGAAAGAUGUCUUAAACUAUAUUUUUCAAAUUUAAGGCCAUAAAAUGUCUGUAAAAGUCUAAUAUUUCUUAACUUCUGAAGUCCUGAAUUUUAGAUUUUUUUUGCCUUAAUACUGUAAAACUUUAAUCGGACGCCAGGCUUUUAAUUGGAUCAAUCUUGAACUCACCGUGUCUUUAUUUGGGACAGGUAGAGACGGGCCUUUAUUUAUUUUCUAUUGAAGUCUUAUGCAGCCAAGACCAAAAAUAUAACCUUAUUGUUUAUUAAGAGUAUGUAGAGGAAAGCCAGCUAACACUCUUUGAUAAAUUGUCCCCAUUUCUUCUUUGACUCAACUUAGUAUAAAUUUCUUUCCCAUUUCUAUCCUAUUUUAGUGUUUUUUAUUUCUUUUCCUUUAUCGCUCUUCUUUUACUCAGCACAGAGGAGCCUCAUUUGCCGAUGUUAUGUAAAAAAAGCAUCAAAUAACAUCAAAAUUACAGGUCUUCAGAAAAUUGACACAUACAUAUAAAUAAGCAUGAUGAAAACAAACUUUGUGAGAUGUAUUUUAGACUUUAAAGUUUGAUCCAUGUCCCAUCUGUUAACAUGGAGAAGAUGAGCUUUACUGCAGCCUACCAGUAGAGGGAGCUCUAAAGCUUGACUUCACUUUUGGGUCCGUCUUUGGUCGUUAUUUGAUGCGGAUCAGUUGCUUCACCUUUCAGGAGCAGGUAAAACUUCACCUGCAUUCACUUGGCAGUGAGGGCUCCAGAUCGUCCCCUUUGCUGUGCAGGAGUCAGAGGUCGAAAAUAGAAUUCAUCUCUCUCAGCAGUGCUCCCUACCUUACUGCUCUCCGGUCUCCUCUACCAACAUUUUACCGAUGUGACAAGUGAUGAGUUAUUGCCUCGUCUCCUCGUGUCAACACACAAAGCCACAAGAGCUCUCCUCUGAUAGUCAUUAGGCUCGGAUGGCUGUUGUUGUUGUCUGAGCUCUGUGAGGAGAACGAGAACACGCCGGAAAUUGAGAUGAUUGAAACGUCUGGCGGAUUAUUUCUGUCACAAAUUCAGCGCGUGUGUCAAGUAUCCACUCCAGCCUGCCAGUCAUGUCCCGUCUCUUUGUUCUGCUCUGUUCUGCACUUAAACUCUGAUGAUGUAAAGUGUUACCUGCAGUUUUUCCAUCAGGCUUGCAAAUGUGGAAUGAUUGAUCAAAUGCAACAGGUAGUCACUGCCGCUUUCCUUUAUGGUUAAGUAAUUGCCCAUUGUUUAUUUCAGAGUUAGUUUCCUUUUAUGAUGCGGUUCAUUUGAAAUGGCGAGAAACCUUCCCGCUUCAAAGUGGACGUAGACAAGUGAAUAUUAAACUACACUUGAUUGCUUAUUUCUUGAUGUAAAUAUUGAUAAGCGAUGAUAACUUAUACCUGUGUUCCUGAGUCAGAUCUGAAGCAGAGAGAGCGCUGGGAGUGCUCAGGACACAUUUUAGGAAGUCUUUUGCGGAUAGGGACGUCCAUUUUUUGGUUUUGGCUGUCAGAUUUGAGAACCAUAACUGCCAGUCGUCUGCUGCAGCUGACAGCAAUAAAAAAGUCCUGAUGAGUUGUUUGUGACGCUCAGCUCUUCCAGGCGUCGCCUCCAUCCGUCACUGCAAAUCAGUGUCUCCGAGAACAAACUGACAGCAAGAACGGGAGUGAAUUCUCAGCAGGAGAGACCAAUUUCUGGUCACCGGUGAACCACCCUCAGCCCUGCUGUGGCGGCAGGCUUGAUUUGAUGCUCUAAAUUUGAAGAUCAGGCUCACACUGUUGGCCCUAAUCAGUAAAUGGCAAAUAGUCAAUACAGUACAUGAAUAAGAGCUAAUAGAGGGCCCAAAGGCCCUGACCCUCAUCACACAGAGAGGCUACUCAUGAGCAGUGGUUUUGUUUCUGAGUUUCAAGGGUGAAAAUCAGACCUAUUAUCCUCUAGAAAAAAAGAACAGGCUGUGAGCUUCUUAUUUACUGGCUUUGUGAGGGGUGACCAGCAGUUCAGGGAGGUUAUGCUCAUUGUGAAGUGUUGCAAACAGUGGAUGUGUUCAAACACAGACUUGUAUGAUUUGGCCUGAUGAGGCAAUUGAUUCAUCUCUAGCCGCAGUCAUGUAAGCUAUGAAGGAUCACGGAGGAUAAAUAAAACCCUUCUAUACUCUGUAAUCUACAAAAACACAAGGAAAAAGUGCUUUAUAACCCCGCUACACACAAAGAGUUUAAUGCUUUUUUGAGGUGGACACAGCAGUAUUCCUUGAAACUCUGCAUAGUCGAACAUGAUGACCAUAUUAGAUUAGAUAAAUAAAAUACUGACUGCAUAUGAAUAAUCUGUAAAUGAGUAAUGACACAGAGAUGAUUCAGUUAUCUUAUUUCUAGCUUUAACCCAAUGUAUUUUAUGUCCCUUUUUCAGUCUUUUAUUUUAUAAGUGUCUUCUUUUUAAAAUAUUUUAGAUGAGUGUAUCACCUCUCUCUUCAGAUUGUUUUAAACUGUAUCUGUUGCAGUGGUCUGUUAUCAGAAAUAACAGACUUUAGAAUGUUGAAACCGACCAAUCAGAAUGCAGGGUUUGACAGAGCAGUGCAAUAAUAACAAUAUUGGCAUUUAGUUAGUUAAUGUGGGGCAUAAAAGAGGAAGAAAAGGUGAGUUAUUUUUAGGUUUAUUCAUCUCAGUUUUUGAAAAUCAGUAAGUUUUACAUAUUUUUUCCCUUAUAUUCUCAAUUUAUGGUGUUUCUCAAUCUGCUCCAGCCGAAUCAUGUUUUCUCUUCUUCACGGUCACUGAGAUAAUAAUGAAAGGAUUCAACAGGAUAAGGAAAAAGUCAGCCUGAACACGCGUCUGUUUUAUCUCCUCAGAUCAAAUCUUACCUUGGCGGGUCAGUGAGGAGUAAAUUCCAAAAUGACAGAAUUGAUGGCCUGACAUUUCCUCGGCUUUCACCCCAUUUACCUUUGCAGCCCUCUCUUGUGUUCAAUUAAGUGGAGGUUAGAAAUAUACCUGGUUAUCAGGCUCCUUUCAGCUGUCUUGCAGACAGACAUCAGCGCCACAGACUCCUGAUGGCUCUCUCUGGCUGGUAUUAAACUGAAACACCUGCCCAGGCCUUUGUUUGGCAUUAACAGGCCGAGACUAAAUGAUCAAAUACGACCUUUCAUUGACUGUACAGGAAUCGCACAUCCCAAAAGAGACGUGGACAAAAGCCAUGUCUGCACAGGUGCUUAAAUUAACGCCCGGCCUCCCAGAGUGUGAAUAUAAUUCCUCAUUCUUUUCAGCCUGUGCAUCCAAGGUCACCAUCUGCUGUCCUCCUUUUCUCUAACAACCAAAACCGGAAUGAAUGGGCGCCAUGAAAGGAGACCAAUUCGUUUCCAAGACCACAGUGACGGCUCUCUGAAGAGGCUGGCGCUCCGUUUAGAAAAUAAAUAUGGAUUUUAUCUGGGAGGUCAUUAAGUCCAAGGUCCACACACACUCUCGCCCACUCACUCCACACAGAAGACAACAAUCUCACACUGUGGUGAUGAUCGCCUUGUCCUGGUAUUGACACUCAAUUACUGUGCAAUCUUUCUCUAAUGGAAGCCGUUUAAUCCAGAAACUUCUGUUGCUGGAGUGUUUAUGAAUGUGCUGCAGCAUGACUGUAUGAGAAAAAACAAGCUGUACCUUGAACAUGGAGACGCAAGUGACAGAUUGUAGAUACUUGGAUGAAAUAGAGGCCGAACUAGCGAUUACAGCAUAUAAGCAUCCUCAAAAGCUAUGUGCUGUUAUUCCUCUUUCUGGAGCAUCACACAGCUGAGUGUACGAUGGACGUCUUUGUCUGCGUCUUUUUAACAGACUCAUUUUCCUGUGCAGUCAACUUAGAAUCUGAAACAUACAACACCAUAGUGCUAUCGUGUUAAGAGUUGAAGUAUUCAGUUUAAAAUCAAAUUUAGACUUCAGUCUAAUUUCACAACAUGCUCCAUAUUUCCCCAUUUUAGUGCAGGCUGCGAGUUAGCAUUGAGGCUAAUGAUAACCUAAAAGUAGGACUUUUAAAACUACAAUUUUAUUUUUUUGAGGUUGUGACUUUUUCUCUUCUUUUAUUUUGACUUUAAUCUCUUUGUACUACAACUUUGUUUCUGCAUUAUUACGUCGUUUUUCCAAGGUUUUCUGUGACUUUUCCCUUGGAAAGUUUGACUUUAUUCUCAUUACAGCACAGCUUAAUUUCCUUGAUACUACAGCUUUAUUCUGGCAAUACCGCAACCUUACUUUAAUGAUUUUAUGACUUUUUUUCUCAUAAUCUAUGAGUCCUCUCUCAUAACAGUACCACUUUUAUCUAAUUUUUUUAAUCGGUUUAUUUUUUUUAUCUCUUUUUUUUUUAUCAUGUUGACCUUAAACUCGGUUGAAACAUAACGUAAAUUAUCAUAUUUGAAAGUGUUGGAUAGAGAACUUUAAGUCUACCUUUUUUCCAAUUCCCUUGUGUUGUGUUUCAGGUUUGCCCUAAUUGGUUUAAAGCACAAAUUUGCAUGUUAAAGUGCAGCAAUUUUAAAAAUGGAAAACUAUGCAUGGAUUGUAUUUGCUUAUCAGACCACUAAGUGCAGCAAGUUUACAAAAACAUUAAAAAUCUCCAUUUCAAUCAGAAACUGUGGUCAACUUCUAACAAUAAUUAUCAACAAUAAUAAUCUUUAGUGUCCAAAAUGUCCAGAUUCCAUUAGAAAGACGCCCAGAAACUGCAGCAUGCUGGUUCUGGAUCAGGACUAAAACACUCCUGACACUUAACCUGAUUAAAGUCUUCUGUGGCUCAGAUAUAAUUCAGGUUAAAGUAUUUCACUCCAGCUUGAGGGUAUUUAACAGCAGGUGGUCUCUUUCAGGUGCUAAUGCUUAGGCUUAAAUAAGUGAACUCCAAAUGAUCCACUCAGGCAAUUUAAAAUGGUUCUGGAUGGUACAAAUCCCCAUGACUCACUGGUCAAAUCUCUCUCUGUGCUAUAACAGGCUUUUCCCUCUGACAGCUUCCCACCAGCCAGCUAUAAAGACGUUUCCAAAACUUGUGCAAAGGGGGGGGAUAUUUAUGAAUGGCCAUCGUUUUACACACUGGAUCAAACUAUUUUUAGAUGGUCAUGGACGCAGUCUACCUUAGGAUGAUGGAUUGAUUGCUUCAAACUUAUUUUUAGGUUUUCACUGGAGUAUUUAAAAUGUUCGUAUGGGUGCUUCACGCGUGGCAAAAAUUUUACAUUCCACUUCUUCAGUUUGAUCAAAUCUGCCGUAAUCAGUCCUCGUCAAACCCAAGUGUUUGAGUGUAGCAGAAGUUCAAAGAAAUUCCCUAAUUUAGCUUAAAAUCAGGAUCAUUAUGUACAUUCCAGAAAAUCCCAAGCCUUAGAAAUCACAGUUGAAUGUCCCCUUGAGGCACCCAUACUAAUUUCAUGUGCAUAAAACUGCCAGAUAGAGAAGAGGAUUAUUUGCCACUACCCAGAAGUAGUGAGCAAAGUUGGACCUCCUUUCUGUCUCUGUAUCGUUUUGCUUUUAUUGUCAUUGUUCCAGAUUCAUUUCCAUGUCUCAUUAUGUGUUUUAUUACAACCUAGGCGAUGUGAUAACGCAAACUGUUGCAUUGCCCUGGCAGCCAUUUUUACAUCUCUCUCAGUCGUCGGGCUUUGAAAAAUUUUAUUACAUUUUUGUGAAAUCUCGCACUGGGCUGGGCCUAAUCAACUGUUGUUUUAUUGUUAUGUGUGUCAAGAGGACUAUUUCUGUAUACAGUAUGUGAAAAUGUUUUUAUUUCUCUUGACUAUUAUAAUGGGUUUUAACCUGUGGAAAAAAAAAAAACAAAGGAAAAAGCUCAAAAAGAUUUAAGACCAAAUAAAAUGUAACACUCCUGACUCUCUUGUUGCUUCAUUUAUACUACAGAAGAAAGCUUUUUGUGAUUUAUCAGCUAAUUUUUUGUCAAACUUAAUACUCUAAAUAAUACUGUUACUCCCUCACAAGCA